AUGACUACAGAAAAUCACUGGAGGAAAGUUGCCACCUAUGUGAAGACAAAGAUUACGGUGACGGAGAAUGUGAACAAUCAGCUUAGUGGAUCAAAACUUUUGGCCGACAUAAAAAAAGGCCAAAGUCUUUCUAAAUGGGAACCAGAACUAUGCAUAAAGAUGAUACAGUUACCCGGCGUCGACAAUUAUUUGGCUAUCAAGAAAUUGAUAGAAAAAGCAAACAAGUAAGUGCUUUAACAGCUAAUUAGUGAUUACUUUAUAAAUUGUAUAUUAAUUAGCGUUUAUUUUUUGGUAAACGAUAGUCCUAGAGGAUUUCAAAAUUAAACGCUUUUUUAAUUGUACAAUUUUGUUAACUAAUAAAUGCUUAAAUGUAUGUAUUUAUUUUGAUAGUAAAAAUACGAAUUUACAAUAAUUUUAUAAACAUAGCUAUUUUAGUAUAAACUGUUCAACAAGAUGUUAAAAUAGCAACUAUUUAUAACAAUUAUUUAUGUUUGGGUAUAAAGUAUAUAUUAUCAAUGAUGAAAAAAAAAAUUGCUGUAUUAACACGGCCUGGUUAAAAUAAUGCAUUUAUCUUCGAUGAAAUGCUGGUUGAGUUAUCCAAUAAUAAAAAAAGGGGGCUAGAAUUUUUGUUAUAAAUGUUUAAAUAAAUAUUAUUAAUAAUAAAAUAAUAAUAAUAUAUUAUCACGAGGGAUUUUUAUUUGUUUUACUAAUUAUUAGUACCUGCAUGUGUUUCAUUAUUAAGAAAAUAAUUUUCUUACUUUUUUUAACCCCCUUUCCCCAAAUAAAAAUUGUAUGUACGCCACUGGAUAAGAUAAUUUAGAUUUAGAUAGUAUAAUAAUGCCAAGCAAAUUUCUAUGACCGAUAUGAGUACUUGAGUAAACUUUUUCUCUUUUUGUUUUUAAAAUGCAUAACAUUUAAGUUUGUCGGUUAAAUUUACUUCGUGGAUCUUAAAUCGCAUUUAUCAUAAUAUGUAUAACGUAUAUAACUUACGUCGGUUAACUUGUGAUCACAUAAGUUAAAUCGAAAAAAAUAAUACUAAUAUAAUUAUUCUUAAUAUAUUAUUAAAUUGAAUCGCGAAUUGAUGAAAUAAUGAUUUAUAAUAAUUGUAUGCUAUGAUUUUUUUUAAACUGACUGCUAAAUGUGUUUUGUAUUACAUUCUGUGAUGUAACUUAUAUUUUUGAUAGUAUAAUAUAUUACUUAAUUAUUUAAAUAAAUGCAACACCUACAAAAGAAAUCAUAAAACAAAUAUAGUUUUUAUGCAUAUUUAAAAAAAAAAUACUUUCACGAUUAUAAUAUACGGACUAUUCAGGGUCAAGUACAAAAAAAAAAAAAAAUCAAUGUCGUAAAAAAUGUAUAGCUGUUAGAACCUAACGAAUUCAAACGAAUUUCGUUCUGUCCACCACAAUAUAUUAUCAUAUAGUUGGUAUAGUUUUCACUUUAGUAUAAAUACUAUGUAAUAAUAUGUUCAUUAACCUACAUACAAUUUGUUAUUUUUAAAUACGCGGUUUUUUGACUUACUUGGUAUUACAUAGUACAUAUUAUUAUUAUUUUAAUUUACUAAAAGUUAAUUAAUUUUAGCUUGACGUUUUUAGAUUUUGAGUGUGGCGUAGAAACUAUUUUAUAGUUUUAUCAGGAUGUUUAUCUCCUCAUUCCAGUAAAUGAAAACCUUUAUUAGGUUAGUAAAAAUGUUGCGAUUUUUUUUGAUAUGGUACAUCGUAUCUUAAACCAUGUGAAAUUUCCACUCGGUGAUGUAUUAUCUGAAUCAUAUUUCUUCAUUCCUUACGAUUUUUCAAAAAAAAAAAAAAAAAAAACAUAAAAAACCGACCGUGAAUGACGAUAAAAUCACUUCAUCGACACAUCAGUUUUAUUUUUCACGAUUCACAAGGGGGAAAACACUUAAUACUAUUCCGCUCAGAAUCAUUUUUUGAUUACAAUUGUUUAUCGUCGCUUUCAGUGUAUAACCUAUAUAAAUUAACCUAUAUCUUCUAUUUCUCAACUUUCCACCUAUAACAGUGGAUCUUACAUAUGGGGUCAUGGUAUGAGAUGUAUCGGGUUUUAUUUUUUAAUAUUAGAAUUUAUUCUACACACAAAUAAAUAAUAAUAUAAACGAUUCUAUUAAACAUUUCGAAGUACUGCACAAGGAUAUUACAAUAAUUUAUUGUGAUAAACAUUUAAAAAUUAAAAUAUGAAAUAGGUGUAUCGAACAAGGACACGCGGUUAUACCCAGUAAAUAAUAAUACAAUAUAGUUUUUUUAAUGAUACUCGAUCUCAAUAAAUUCAUUACUCAUAUUAUUAAUAUGAAAGUAUUUCCUAAUCCAAUUUCCCCAGAUUUUAUUCCAAUAGUUUCGCAUCACGUCACGUAGGUGGAAUACAUAAUACUAAUUAAUAUUUUAAUUAUAAAAUAAAAUUAGACCUUCGCUUUCUGACGUGGAUUUUAACCUCUCUUAUUUUUUAAUUGGUUAAAAAAAAAUAUAAUAAGGAAAAAAUACAAACAUCUACAUUAAUAGUUUGUCAAGUUAUGUUGCAUAUACAAAAUCUUUUAAGGCAACACGAAUUUUUUUUAUUUUUCUAUAACUGAUCAUUUUUUUUGAAUAAUAAUAAUUAACUAAUUUCAUUGUUUAAACAAUUUUUUAUUAUAAUUACAUUGAUUAUUAUACUAAUUAUAAAUAAGCGUAUUUAUUUAUUCAUUAAUGAUUAUGUUAUAAAAAAUAACAACACACAUUUUGUGUUGACCAUUUUUACGGUUGUAUAAAUCAAGGCUAAUGCCCGGUUACACCAAACUUGUCGUCAUCUAUUGAUAAAUAUAAUGUUAAAUAUUUAUGUAAUGAUAAACCAAAGGUUGAUAAAUUAAUAUUUUAAUAUGCAUGGAAUUUACGAGUGCUGCACAAUCAUUAUUUUAUAUUCAGGUAAUUACCAGAAUACUGGUUAACGAAUAAAUAGUUCUACUCUACCGGUAGUAGAAGGAAACGAAAAACAUUGAUAACGAAAUUUAUCUAUAGGUACAUACAUUUUCACAUGACAAUUAAUGGGCCUGUAAUUUAAAUCUUGAUAAAGUACAUUUGUACCAACAGAUAAAAAUCGUAUACAUGGUUUAUGCAACAGAGUUUAUCUCUCUGUAAAUAUUUGGUUUAACCUGGCAUAAGCAAGUUCAUAAUGAGUGAUAUUAACUCGGUUACGUAUAAAUAGUUACUUGAAAAACAUUUAGCGAGUUGAUAUACGUUAAAAGUUAAUUUUAAAAUGUAAUUCAAUUAUUUACCUGAUAAGUCAAGGUAAUUUUUGUAUAAAACUGUUAUUGUCAUAAUAAAAAUGAUUAAACCCAUCAGGAUGGGUAAUAUUUUGUACCAUUUUAAAUUUUACUUUUCUUCGUCUUUAAUAAAAGGGAAAAUACAUUUAUUAUACAUAAUGGUUAUUUUUUGAAAUUGUUGCAAAAUACUAUACAAUUUUGUUAUGAUUUCUAAUAAAAUAAUUAGGAUUUUAUUUCCAUCAUAUUCUAAUAAAUAAUAAUGAACUUAAAAAUCAAAAAUUAUUUUUAAAAUUGAAAUCAGUUGAAUACAAUUCCUAUAAUUUUGUCUGGCUUUUUGGUCUAAAUCAACUAAAAUAUUCACCGUCACGACAUACCCGUUACCACGGGGGACAAGGGGACAUUUCCCCCGUUGACCUAAUUAUUGUUCUCCCCCCCAAACAAGAAUUAAAUAUGUUUAUGUAGUGGUAUGCUUUUUUCUAAUGUCUCCUUAAAAGUUUAGUUUGUCCCACCUGAUGAUUUGAACUGGAUACGGACCUACGUUACGAGUCCUAUUUACGUGAUAUAAUUCAAGAUUAAUAUUUUGUUAUAUUUUACUGCAAGUUAUAAUGAAGGAAUAUAUGUAGAGUUAAUAAAAAAACAAAGAUGAAAUGAUAAAAGUUAAAAUCUAAAAUUAACUUAAAAUUAAGUUAGUUAAUACUAACUUUGGUAUAAAUUCACAGGGUUCUAAUGGUAUUAGGCUAUACUUUUUUUUAUCUUAUCAAGGUUUGUUUUACAUUUUUUUUUCAUCCGUUCAAUUAUAUAAAUAUAGCAUUAUUUUUGUUUAUUUUCGCAAAGUAUUUCUAUAUUUCCUCAUGUUACGAGAUUUUUUCUGAGAAUUUAAAAUUUAUACACUCCAAUGUACACUCUAGAACUCAUAUGCAUAAUACCUUGGAAACUGGUGUCUGAUUACUAUUCUAUACAUUUGCUCAACAAUUAUAUUAUUAUAUUAUCAUAAUUUUUUUCAAUGUGUUAGUUAAAUUAAAAAAAACUUUAGAAAUGUCUAUCAUUAAAAAUAAAAUACUAAAUUAACGUGUUUUAUUAGGUUUUAUUCACCUAUGUUUGGAUAAUAUUUUAUUUGUUAAUUUCUAAGUAUUAAAAUAAAAACGACCUUUUUCAUAUAAUAUUAUUUACUAUGUAAAUACAUAGCUCUCACGGAAGAUAGUAAAAUGUGUAUUGAAAUUAUUCAGCCCAAUAUGUAUUACUUCAAUCCACCUAAAAACAACUUUGAUUUCUGAUAUAAAUAUAACGGACACCUAUUAGACAUAAUACAGUAAAACAGUAUCUAUUUUCGGAGGAAAUUCGCAAGCAUUUAUCAUAUAUAUUGCAUAGUAUUGGAUCUAUUGGUUUUACUUUGUAUGAUUUAAAUUUAUUUUUAUUAUUUUUUUUGUUUUGUGACUACGAACAACUUUUCAACCAGUAAACUUGCUCCGAAGUAUAGACUAUAGCACUUUUUCUGAAAGGCGAUUUUUUCUUUUUGAUGCACUGGGGAGAUCAUUUUUUGAUUUUCAAUAGGGUUUUUUAAAUAACAGGAAAAAAUCGAAAGAAAAUUAUAAGUAAAAUGUCAAAUAGUUCAUUGAUUUUAUUAUGUUAAUAAUAUGUUUUCUAUCAGAAAAGUCGCACCAAUCAAAAAAUUAUGAACAAUUGAUUUUGUUCCUUUUAAUACAUAGCCACCAACAGAAAAAGUUGUUUUUUAAUAUCUUAAGUAUUUUUUAUAAUAAUCGGGAAAAACCAAAAAAAACCGAAAUGUAAGAUUUUUCAAAUUACGGCACAAUAAUUUCAUUAUUUUAAAUUGAUACGGUUUAUGUUUUCUAUCAUAAAUAUUAUUCCAAUAGAUAAAUGAAAAUAGUUUUUUUUUGUUGCAUUUUUAAUCUAGUUGGUGACCAAGAAAGUCAUUUUUUGAUUUUCUUUGAAGUUUUUUUAAUAAUUGAAUAAAACUGAAAAAAAAACUUAGAAAUAACGGGACAUUUUACGAAAAAAACAAUGCUUUUAUUAUUGUUAAUUUCAUUUUUUCGUUGUAAUUAAGGUUGAAAUAUUCCCAGAGAUUUAAAAUUUUGACAAAAACUUAUAUUUACUUUUUAUAGACGUAAUAAAACUUUCAGAAUAAUUGAAUAAUUUUUGAGAUAUUUAUAGACAUUUUAAUUUUGCGAAUUUUUUAUACGUAAUUUUUAUUUGGUAGGAUCUCUGUAGAUAAACCAAUAGAUUAAACAGAAAUGCUUGAAAAUUGUAUAGGAGGUUUCAUAUAAAGUCGCAUUUAGUGAUAAAAAAUAAAUCUAGUUUAAUGUAUUAAUUUUUAUUUUUUAUAAAUUUUAAAAUUAAAUUUUGACGAAAUAUUACAUUUCAAAACAUAUGUAAGCGAACUUGACUAAUCAUUUUUCGUUAUUAAUGGUUUAUCAUUGGUAACAGAUAUAAAUUAAAUAACUUUAUGUAUCCCACCUUCUGCACUACCCACCUACAACAGUGGCCUCACCCGUCCCCAGUAUCAGCUUUUUAUUUCUAUUCAGUUUUUUCGUAUCCUCGCUUUAUUUGUAACGAAUAAUGUAUAUUAUUAUUACCAUACAAAUAUUUGUUAAUAAUUAUCAUUUAAUAAUAAUUGAAUUUUAUGAUUUACGUAUGACCAACACCAUUACCAAUAUUUGUUAGCCCAAGGGUUAUUCGUGAGUUGUUCCGUUGUCAAGUAGCUACAGUAGAUUGCAUUGAACGUGUAAUAAUAUAAUGUAAUAAUUAAAACCGUACACAAAUAAUUUGGUUUAUACAUAUUUGUAAUAUAUUUUCCAUACAGAGGCACGAUCUAUAUUCUCAUUUUUGUAUAGAUUUUUAAAACGCAAUACCAUCAUCGUGUUAGGGGUAGACACUCAAUAUCGUAAUAAACAUUCUCUCGCUCAGAGCGUCUCGUUUUAAUUAAAUUUCUAUACAAUAAUAAAUGCAAUAUGCAUAUAAUAUAAUGAUUUGCAAAAUUAGGUUGCACAUAUUCGAUUGUAAUUUUAAUGUAAUGAUCAGAUAGGUAAGAAGAAAAACGUGUUAUUAACAAAAUUCAGUUCACCGAUUAUUGUUAGGUGGGUAUUAUAUUUAAAUCGUAAACAAAACCGGAACUCAUAGAACGUUCGAAUAUUUUUCAAUUGUGUUCUACGCGUUUUGACAGUCAUUAAGAAAACUACAAAAAAAAAACCAAAAAAUUACCUACAAGUGCAUCAGCUAGAUAAAAAUUUCUUUCAAAAAAUAGAAACUGAAAAAAAUUGGAACUAAUAAUACUUUAAUUGCUGCAAAUUUGUCCGUUUUGCCUAUGUGUUGCUCUCAAGGUUUUCUGAAAUAUUAUAAUAACUGCUAAGAAAAUAUAAAAAAAUUAUCUCCUCAAUGUACAAAUUAGAUCCAAAAUGCUAUGAAAAACUUUCUUGUAAUUUUUCGAUUAGUGUUAGAUUUGUAGAAAAUUUGUUAUUAGAUAGAAAAAAAACACAUAUAUUAUAAUGGGAAAUGAGGUAAUAGUUUUUGAGUUACAGAGUACCGAGUUGAAUUACCAUGUAGGUACCUAUUCUAAGUUUUAAAAAAAUCCCACCUAGAUAUAACUUUUCCAUUUUUACCUUUUUAUGCUUUUUUAACUUCCCUAGAAAUUUAAUUUAAAUUUAAACUUAACCUAACCUAACGUUAGGGGUCGGAAAAUACUUUCUCAGUGGAUCUCUGUAUUAUAUAACGAAACUACUGACCAAAUUUCAUACUCAUAGCUUCAGCGAUUCUAGCUAGACCAGUCAGUCAGGACAUAUUAUUAUUCAUUUAAGUAUAGAUAUGUAAAUACCAUAGAUAGAAAUGUAUAUGGCAGAUUUUGACCACAAUUUUGGUGUUACUAAUAAUGAAUCGUUGAGUUUCUAUAAUAUCUUUAAUUUUACAAAAAUCAUUAAGAAAUUUAUUUUUAUUGAAACUUUUUUAAAUCGGUUGAUAUUAUUUGUUGAAGUUUAAGAUAAUUCAAAUUUAAUUACCAUUACUAAAUAAUAUCAAUUUAAUCACCAAUUAAGCAUAAAAAAUGAUUUUGUCAAUGAUUUUUGUAAACUUUAAAACAUUAUAGAAACUAACAUUUCAUCAUUAUCUAAUAAAUAUCUGUAACACCAAAAUUGUGUUUUAAAAUACAUUUAUAUAAUGAUAAACUUUGGUUUUGUCAAAAUAAAUUUUUAAAUAUUUACAUUUUUUUAUUUAGUUUUUUAAAAAAAACAAAAUAUAGUUAUUUUACUGCAAGUCUUUAGUUAUUAUUAAAAAAAAAAAAAAAAAAAAUUAUUGCAUUUGUCGAAUCUUCGUGAGAUACCUUGUAUAGCAAAACCAAUGUAUUCUCCGUUGCACUUAAAAUCUAUAAUGUUAGAUUUAAAAUUAUUCUGUUAUUACUUUUAGCUCUGUAUAAUGAAAAUAUUUUACAAUUUACAUAUAAUGUAAAAAUUUGAUUAAAGCAGAUUUUUACAUUUUUAGAAUGAUUUAUUCAACAAAUCUCAAUCAUUAAAUCAUCGAUUAAAGAUCAAGUCUGCCAAAGUGAGCCAAAGAAGUGCUUAUAAAUAUACGUAGGGCAUAGGCAUUUCUUUUUACAGUAAACAAUAAUAUUAUUAUUGUUUUAUGACUAUACAAGAACGGCAAACCUCUCUUAGCAACUCUCUGUGUCCAAAUAAUAAUAAUAAUAAUAAUGUAUAUAAUUCUGAUAUGUGUGUCAGUUACCUACCUACCUACUAUAGAUAAACAAAUAAAUUAACACAAUAAAGAUGAAUUAGAAAUUUUAAAUUUAAACACUAAGGAAUAAGGCUAUAAUAGAUAAUAAUUAUCGACGUAUUAUUCUUUAGCCGGAUAGUAAAAGUAAUUUUAUUACUAUUGAAAAAUCGAGCACCAGCGCACAGUAAUAAUUAUAAAUUAAAAACCCGUAGUUUUAAUCGUUUUCAAUAUGUUAUUUUGCCUGAUUUACUUAAAAAAAAAUAAAAAAAAUAAUAAUAAUAAGUCAUAACUACGACUAGUAUAAAUUAUUAAAUGAUUUUAAAAUUAUUUUACAAGACGUAUAAAUUGACUUUUAUAACCUAACUGCAUUUGAGUACUCGAGUAUAUAACACUAUAAUAUAUUGUAAUAUUACUGCACUUAAGGUUUUUGUCCGAUCACAACGUUCAUAACUGUGUUAAAUGUAAGUUGUUCACAAUAUUGUAAAUAUAAACCAUAGAUAUGAUGAGUAAAAUUGCACAGGACCGGACCGUGCAGUUUUAUUAAAACGAUCGUUUAAAAAAUUACCUCUACUUCGUGAAAAUACAACAACCGAAUAAAAUUAAUUUACAGACCUUGGGACCUUUAUUUAAAUUAUAAAGAGGUUCAUGGAAUAGUUCAAAAGCAUAAAAUUAAAUCAAGUUCAUGAACUAUAGCUCAUUUUUUUUUUAUUAAACUCGAUUGGUUCAAGUUUAUUUCACUUUUAAUUUUUAUUAACUAUAGUCUCAGGUUUCAGUGUUUUUAUUAGAUAUUAUCUUAGGUUUGAAGUACUUGUGUCUUGCUAAGAUUAUUUUUUUACAUUUUCAAAGUAAAAUCUGGAAUGUGAAUUAAAAUAAACAACCCAAUUAAGUUCAUUAAAAAUAUGAAUAUAAAUAAAAAUAAGUUGAUUAAAAUAAAAUAUGAACUUGAUUCCUGUUUCGUUCGUACAUUUUGAACUUUGAAUGAAUUAACGAGUUCAUUUGAAUUUGAUCAUUCCGUGGUCUGGUCAUUUAAUAAAAUUUAUGUUGAACAGAUACCUGAUAAGAUGUUCGAAAUCUAUAAUUACGAGCUGAUAUUUAAAUUAAUCGAUACAUCGGUUGGAAAUUCGACUUUUUAACGUUCCUUUCAUAUAUUCUAGAAAUAUCAUAAACAUUGUUACAUGAAAAUAUCGGUUUUUGGAAAAAACCGGAUAUCCGAUAUCGUCUCAUGUUGAUACUCAUCAUUAUUUUUUAAUAUUUGCCUUUAUCUCUGUUUAUUAUGUUUAUUUUCUUUUUUUUUUUGAUGUGGAACUCCGAGAAUGGCUCUACAGGCGAAUUUUUCAAAAACCGCUUCAUUUGAGGAAGGGGGGAAUGGAGCUAAGUUCCGGCGGAUACUUAUUAUCGUAAAAUCGUAUACAAAAUUACUCCUAGUUGUUUUUAUUUUAUACUUUUUUUGUCGACAAUCAUUAUCGGGAUGGAUUAUUAUUUGUGUAUACAUAAGUACCGGACGUACCUCGUGAUACUCGCACACCCAUGUGUACCUACCGUUUAAUAAAUAAUAAUAAGUAGCUGGAUUGAACGCACGAUUUCGAGGGUUGGAGAACGGUUUUUCGUUAUUAAUUUCCGGUAGGCUAUAUGAAAACUCACGCCGAUAAUCGUAAUAAUAAAAUAAUAAUAAUAAUAAUGAUAAUAGUCAUCCUCGUUUUUAUAGUUCAGGUCGAAGCGCCUAUUGUGUGGUGAUCUAAACUCUGCGACACGUGCCUAAUAUCAACUAUACGAGUUUAACAUACAUAAUAGCAAAAUGUCGUGAUACUAUGCGUAUCUAUAAUUUAUUUGAAUAUCAUCGUUAUAAAAUAUUAUUAUAAUGAUUUAUAAUAUUAUAAUAUUUAUAUUGAACAUUUUGAGUCGAGUGAGUAUUUUCUUCUUUUCGGAAAACACGUUUUCGAUCAGUAAAAAAUUGCUCGUCCAAUACGUACGUGUUAACAAUGCCUUAUGCAGAGCCAGAAUCAAGUCAAUUUUUUGGAAACUUAAAGGUACAGUUUUGAAAUUGAGUAAUUUUUAGCCACUUAUUUAGAAAAUAGUAUGUAAAUAAUAACUAUAUUUACUGUAGUUAUGCUUAUCCUGCGGAUUUUUUUCGUAUCAUUCUCACUAAAUGUGUAUUAGACAGUAUAAAUAAGUGGACAAUUCUCAUCUCUUAAAUGUCUUUAAGAGGGUUAUUAAAAUGUUACAAAUAGUUUAUAUUUUAAAAAAAUUGGACUAUCGAAAAUAUUGGAUUUAAAAAUGAUUGGAAAGUUUUGUUUAGCGUAUUUAUAAUAUAUAGGGUAUAUAUUAUAUUGGGAAGACAGUUUUAUAAGUACGUUUCCGGUAUUUUUUUCACAGGUUAUCAGAUGGGUCACUGUUAUUAUUACUGCUCCCUUUUAUCCGUAUUUAUAGAUUUUAUCUAAGUUAAAACGUAACAGAGUUGGUUUUAGGAUAUUUCCAAAACAUAACCUAUACUAGUUAGGUUAGGCUUGGAUAACCUGAUAUCGCUCUGGAAAAGUUAGUGUACUAUGUGUACACUUAUAACCUACUAAAUAUGCAAUCGAUGAACGGCCACUAUGGAUUUAAAUAGAACAUGGGUAAAAUGGAAAAAGUUGACCUAAUUGUAGGUCCGAAGUUGAUAAUAUUCCAAGGACCCUUAGUAUUCUAAGUAUAAACCUGCAACCUAGUCGAUGAAAAAUCACUUUGGCUUCUGUAUAUAUGCGUACCACUUGGGUUGAACUCGAAUACGGUCUGUAUAUAUACACCACCUGAUCCGCAAAUUUGCCCCCGAUAGUCGGACGGGUUCAUGAUAUUAUAUACUUUUGCAUGUAUAAUUUAUUCAAUACCGUGCAGCUCGACGAGUAUUCUUCGUACUCUGUACCAUCAUCAUAAUGUUAACGUCGUAAAAGUACACGAGAUUAUAAAAAAAAAGUUAAAAAGCAAAAAAAAAAUUGUUAUGAAAUCAUAAAAUUCUUUCGUGUAGUUGUUUAACAAUAUAUUAUUGUACCAACCAGCUCGACGACGAUGUACCUACUUACCCGUGGGUGGGUGGUCAAUUAUCAAGAUCGUGCUGCUUGUCGAGAGAGUAUAAUAAUAUUAUUAUACGAACGUUUUUAUUAAGUAUAUUAUUCGUUCGGGAUCGAGUAACAAUGCCAUUAAUAAUAAUAAUAACAACAACAAUAGUGACUGUCCAGUGAUAACGAUAAGCGUAUAAUAAGUACCAACCUUUUAAAAAUAUAUAGGUAGGUGAUGUACACAUCACUUGUAUGUUAUUAUAUACAGGUGCAGUACCGUGCACUAGAAUUAGGUAAUUAACAUAAUGGAAGUGUAGGUGUUAACGUCAUCCUAAUAUACGUACAAUGUACGUGUAUAGGUAAUCGUGGAUAGUAGUGCGUAACCAAAUUAUAAUAUCGCAAAUAUAAACAUUUUUUUUUUUUUUUUUUUAAUAUCAUACAAUUCAAUAUGUAAACUUUAGAAAAAAAAGAUAUCGAACCAUAUUAGAUUCUGAGUGGAGCAAAGAAGCUUAUGGUUUUACAAAGAUGUUUAUUUUUUUUUAAAUUCUUAUCUUUUCAAUUGUAUUAGCUAGGUUAAAUUAGAAGCGGUUUGUUUUUUUUUUUCUUUUGAGUUUAUAAAACAAUACCCACUUUACAGAAUAAAUAAAAUCCAAACAAUAUUCUUUUUUAGAGUCUCAUUGAUAUACGUAUAAACUUCAAAAAAUGAGUGAAUAGAAUUUGUAUUAACUAAAUAUUAGACCACCUGAAAUUUGUAUUCAGUAUUUAUGAUAACGGUAGUUCUCCUUAAAUUAUAAGUUUCAGAUCUGUUACUGGGCUCACCAUUGAUGUAUAUACACAUGUUUAAUGGCUCAUUAAGGAAUUUAUCAAAGAUAGAAAUAUUGCAUUUAAAAAUUGUAUACCUAUAGAUAAAAAAAGAUGAACUAUUAAUUUAUAUAUCUAUGUAGAUAAGUAGUUUAUAAUUCAAUCUGCCUUAAAAUUAUCAUUUAAAUAAAAUAACUGUGACCUUUCUCAUCUUAUCUUUAACUGUCCUUCAUUAUAUUCCAAACGUUUAAUUCUGCUCAACCUCUUGAAGUCAUUUAAUAUUUCCCCAAUCUCUUUUCUAUGCUUAAUAUUAAAUCCAAAGUGGUCAUCUAUAAGAUAAUUAAUUUAGUAAUGGAAGCUGGUUUUGUUAUUUAAUGAGUGUUUUGGUUGUUUCUUUUUCUUUGUUUAAUUUUGUUUUAAUCAUAAACAAUUUUCGAGUGGUCAUAGUCACUGAAUAGAAGCUAUAAUAAUAAUAACAAUAAAAAAAAAAACUAGGUACAGGUAAUAUUUAUUAUUAAACAUUUAUUUAAGUAUUAGCUACUAUAAAUCUAGCAUUUCGUAUCACCUUUAUGUUAUAAUGGGCUUCGUUUUAAACAAGAAAAUGUUUGUUCAGUUUUUUUUUUUUUUUGUUAUAGUUACCUAUUAACUAGGUAUCAACGCAUUUUUGAUUUUUCUGACUAAUUAAGUAAAGAAAUUCAUAUUUUCAAAUAGGUUGUUGCUAUAUAAAUAAUAGAUACUAAAAAAAUCUAUCCACAUUAAGUAUUCCACAUUCCACUGGAUUUGUUAUUAGUACGUAUAACGCUGUAAGGCGCAUAUUAUGUUAGAUUGAAUUUUUUUUUUCUUUCGGGUAUUACUUAGCCGAGUAACGACGAGUGAUGACAACUAUAUUGUUUUAUGGUUGUAUAUUAUAAUCGUGUACACAUCGUUCUGAAAGUUUAUAGUAAAAACUAAAAACAUAAUCGAUAUAUUACUUUAGUAGAUGUUAUGUAUAAAUAAUAUUAAUUUUAGAAAACCUAUUAAAAUUAGUGUAGUAUUAUAUUAUACGUUCGUUGGCUACGUUCUGCUGUAGCGUGACUUGUAUUGAAUAGUAAAAACUCGUUCAUUAAAUCUUUCGAGUCACUGAAUCUUAGCUAGGUACAUAAUAUUCCACUAGCUAUAUAGAUUAGUUCUCUAAGUACAACUCGUUUAUCGCAACUAUCUUUGAAUUUAAUCGAUUUUAUCCCCGACCAAUUUUAACCAUGCUGGUUUAUAUAAUAUUAUUCAGAAGUCAUAUAGGUACACAGUUAUAAUAAUAAUAUUAUUGUCAUCAUAACAAGUUUGCGUUUAAUGUUUUAUCAUUCUGUAUUUUCAACGUUUCGGAUAUCGUAAUAAUAUUAUUGUUACAAUAGCUCUUAUUAUAAUCGUAUAUCAUUCUGUCCAUGCACCACCGUAUACAAAUAUUAUAAAUUAUAAUAUAACAAUCAUAAUAAUAUUAUAAACGAUAAUCAGACGUGAUCCACGUUAAAAUAUAGAAUCGUGAUAAAAACAGUGCGUGAUUACUAUACGCUUUCGCGAAUUUAAAUAUUAUUAUUAUAAUACUAUAUAGAUACCUAGGUAGGUACGUAAUUUGUUUUAAUAAUGUAUACAAACUUUACUGCUGCAAGUAGUGGGUACACAGGUAUGUGGUAUACGGUACCAUUUAUGUUAUAAUCUACAAAAAUGCAGAUCAGUUAAGAGGACUCAACAUCAUGUAAUGUAUUUUGUUUUUUAGGUCUUAUAAACACACUACGUAGCCAAUUUGUGAUUAGCAGAAACAAUUUUGUGCCGCUUUUUUAUUAAUAUUAGAGUUAAUUGUCACAAGGAAAGAAAAUCUGUGUUUAUGUGUUGGUUUUUCUUUUGCUAUUUUAAUUUUCAAGCUAGCACUUGUAUGUGAAAUAUCAUAAUUUUAAUAUACUUUUAUCUUACUUUAAAAUUAGAUAAUUAAUCAACAAGAGAACAAUUCUCUCCAUUAUGAAAACGAGCAAAACGUAAUUGAAUCUGAUGAUCGCAAAUUUGAACUUAUAGGUGAAUUUUCAAAGGGGGGGGGGGUUGGUAAAAUCAAAACAAAAUCUAAAAAUGUAUGUUAAAUAAAGGUUUUAUGUUGUAACUAGCAAUAGUUAUUUCCUCGUAUUACUUACAAAAGUGGGUUUAUAAGAUAAAGACGGUACAUGUACUUAUUGUACCUAUUAAGUGUAGCACCCACUUAAAAGGAUUGGAUACCGACAUUUUCUUUCUUAAAAUUUAUUUAUUUUUUUUUUUUUGAGAUUCUCCAUAUUAAAUUUUUUGAAAUUUAGGACUGAGAUUCGAAAUAUUGGCUUAAACGAUUUCAUACGACACUUCAUAUUGAAUUAAAAUUUGCUUUUAGUGUUUAUUUCGCUUAUUACAUCACUAUACAUCUAUCUAUUUUUGUUCAAUAUAUUAUAUUGUACUAUAUACAAUACAUAUUCGUGUGUUACUUAUUAUUAUAGGACAAAGAAAGAAAAUAUCUGUAUUCAAAUUCCCGAGAAAAAUUAUUAAUUUGACAAAGUCGAAUAAAAUAAUCAAAGAAAAAAAGACUUCGGUUAAAAGUUAUUCAAAUGUUUUUUUAAAAAUCCACUAAUGUUAACCUGACAGUUGAAAAUAUCAUAUCGUUCGUGGUUUGAUUGUGUUUAUUGUAUUUUUUUCCCAUGUGAUUCCAUUGUUUUAAUUAAUAAUAACAUUAACAUUUAAGUAUGUGUUAACUAACCACACGAGUGACCUAGCACAGUAAUAAUAAUAAUUAACCCUCCUUUCCCCUGCAAUGACAUAAGCGUCAAGUAUAUUAUUUUAUGAGCACGACGUGUAUAUGCUCACGUACGUCAUUGUUGAUAAAAUAUUAUUAUUAAUCUAUAAAUCGUUUAUCGGUCUGAUAGUUUGCAAGUCUCUUUCUUCGUUGUGUCAAAUUUCUUUUUUUAACCUUCAGCAAUUGAUCAAUUUGAUAACCUCGUCAUUUGGUUUUUCAAAUAGGGUCGCUCUUCUAGCAUUUUGCAUUGGCCAUUCUGCAGCGCAUUAGAUGUUGGCCGUCUUUUACGUCACCACAUUCGCAUUUUUCCGUCUCUUAUUUUUCACCGCACGAAGUUCUUUUUUGUUAUCCUUCAUCGGAUUAAAGUUUGUAGAUUAAAAAUUGUAUUUUUAUAGACUUUAUCAUGAUCCAGCGACUAUAUUUAAUACGAUUCUGUUGAAAAUGGAGGGUUUAGCAUUAUCUGAAUAUCAAAAAUUGACACUUACACCCGCGUAUAUUGUGUAUAAGUAUAUAAUAUAUAUGGUACAUAUACAUAAAUAGAUAUUGUGUCAACUAUGGAUAACAACAUAUGGUUUAACUAGCCAAUAAACAGCAUAUUAUUUUAAAUGACGACUGCGUGAAAAAACCGAAACUAUAUAUUAUGCUGCAGUCCACCAUCGCACCACACCCAAAUUGCAAGGUUCAUGUACAUAGGAUGUAAUAAAAAUUAAACUAUGAAAAUUUAUUUUAUAAUGUGAUGGCAAUACUAGAGUAUAAAAUAAAUAGUACAACAAAUUAUACCGUAUUUCAAAUUUUAAAAAUUAAUAUUAAUACCUUUAGGUAUAAAUCACAUGAUUGAUAUUGGCCGGUAUAUAGCAAUUAUAACUGUCAGUUAUUUAAAUGCGCAUUUUAUAUUUUGUUUAAUGGUUUUAGUGCCAUAAUAUAAAUUGUACAUGUAAGCCAGUGACGUCAUUUCAAUAUUUCAUAUAUUUCAAGACCCCGGGGCAAAUUUACUGAAAACAAAUUGUCUUGUUCCGCUCAUAUUUUAAUAUUGAGUAGAUAUUUUUGAUUUAUUUUACUUUACAACGAAAUAGGUGAGUACAUAUUAUUUUUGUAGCAUUUUAAUUUUUAAUUUUAUUUCAAAAGUUCAGUCAUGAAAAUUAUUUGGAAGUAGGAAUUAUUGUUACGGAUUAUAAUCCGAGAGCAUAAUUCGAGUAAAUAUAGGUACAGAUACAAAAAAACGUCAAAUAUUUUGAUAUUUUUUCACUCCAGAUCUAAAAUAGAAGAAUUUCCUUAUAGUUAUAACUCAUAGACUGAUAGUGCAAAUGCUCAAGUUAGUCCCACAAAAUCACGUCACUGUUACCUUUACGAAAAUAUCUUACUCCAGUCAAAAAAUUACAAGAGAUCUUUUUUGUUGCAUUUUUGAAUUUAGUUGGUGUAUAAGAUAGUCGAGUUUAUUUUUUAACUAGUAAUAUAUUUAUAGUUCAUAAUAUUUGGGAAAAACUGGAAAAAGACCUAAGAUAAAAGCUGAUAAAUUUACGAAAUUUUUAAUUUUAUUAAUUUAAAUGUUUCUCAUUUUUUUUCUACCAGAAAAUCAGAUUUUUUCAAAUGUAUGUUUCUGGUAGAAAAAAACUAUUGAAAAAAAUCCGAUUGAAAAUGGACGUCGGCCAACGCGUCGGCAAUUCGAUUACUACCGAUACGGUGGACUUGCCACUAAAAAUUAAUCCGUUUAUACGAUCCGUCCAAUGCGCACGAUGCAAAUCGAUGGCCGCUUACUUUUUGGACUCUUCAAACUAUUUAACAUAGUUUUUAUAUUGGCUAGCUGUUGACCUGAUGCAACCUUAUCUGUCACCUCUUACAACACGAAAUAGUGGUAAUGUAAUAGUACUGUGAGGGCAUUCUGAUUUCCUACCAUAAGGAUAACGAUUUAAAAAGAUUGUAUACUAUCUUAAAUGUAAAGGAAAAAUGGACAAAUGUACAGCAAUGAUAGUUUUAUUAUUUUUAAUUUUGUUUUUUAUUGUAACUAGAUUAAAAAUAAUCUUAAAAAUUUGAAAUUCACAAAAUACUUAUAUAAGCCUUUUUUAAACGUGGUAAAAUAGUAAAAUUGUGAAACAUUGGCAAUUUUUAAAUUAUUUAUACAUUUGACAUUUUGUAGGUUUUCAUAUUUUUAUUUGAUUUAAUGUGGAUAAAAUUGUUUUUGUCGAUCAGAAAUACUUGACAAUUGUACACAAGGUUCAUCAUUAGUUUUAAUUAGUGUUAAACAAAAGUUGAGUAUAAUGCAAUUUUUUUAUAACAUUAUAAGUUAAAAUGUUAACGAACAUUAUGUACAAAUUACGUCAUUUCAAAAUGAAUUUCGCUCAAAAUUGUAUUUCAUUAGUAAUAAUUUAUGGUUGAGUACAGAUAUAAAUUAAUUUAAUUUAAUUAAAUAACUUUAUAGAUCAUUCCUUUCUAACUUCUCACCUACAACAGUGGCACACCCAUCAGUAGUAUUAACUCUUUAGUUUUGUGGUUUUCGAUUUAUUUUCGCGCGUUCGACAGCAGGCUGGAAAUGUUUGCAUUAAUAAUUAUUAUUUAUGAAGACAUCGCUCGGCUGUUCACUGUGAAUACCUGUUAUCGUAAUAAUAAUUAUUAAUUGCGUUGUGUCGAUAUUUAUAAAUAAGACUUACGUACACGGUACGCUCAACUGCUCAAGACAAAUACAUAUAGUAAACCAUAAAAAUUAUUAUUGUAUAGAAUGAUGACUCAUUUCGAAGACACGAAAUCUUUUUGCCAUCUUUUAGCUAUAACAUUAUUAUUGUUAUCAAUUAUUCUCGUAUAAAUACAUACUUGAGUGAUAAUGAGAUUUCGAGCGUAGCGAGGGAGCUAUUGGUUUUACUAUGAUGUUUAUUUUGUUUUUCUUUCUUCUAGUCUGUAGACACGUUUUUUUCUAGUAAAUUUGCUCCGAUUUUUACGUUUAGCAACUUUUCUAAAAUCUCAAGUUGUUUAGAUAGUUCUUUAAAAAGGUCAUAUUUUGAUUUUCGACGCCAUUUUUUAAAUAAAAGCACCUAAGUGGGAAAAACAUAGGAAAACGUACAAUUUCACGAUUUUAUUAUUUAUAAAAAAACAGACCACGUUUUCUACCAGAAUAAAUAAUUUAAUCAAAAAAUCACAAAAAAACCUUUCUUUUGCCUUUUUGAUUUACUUUCUUACGGUAUCUUUGCCAAAACUUUUGGGCCACUUUUGAGCUUUUAAAGAAUUUUAAUUUUUGGAAGUUUUUUGCUAUAAUUCGGUUAUAAAUACACGUAAAGACUUAAAACUUGGUAAUAAUACUUAUACUGGACUUACCUAGACAUAGUAAAAUUUCUAAAAUCAUCUACUUUUUUUUUUUAAUAAGCGUUUUGAAAUCAAAUUUAAACGAAAAUCGCAAUAUAAAUUACGGCACUUUAAAUUAUGUAUUACCGAACUGCGCUCGGAAUCGUCUUUCGGCAAGCAGUGGUUUAUCGUUGCUUACAGAUAUUAAUGAAAUAACCUUAUAUUAUCCUACCUUCCCAACUUCUUACCAACAAAAGUGGUCGCUUUCAUCCUCAGUAUCAGAUCAUUUAUUUAAUUUUAUAACCGUUUUAAGUUCGAAAUUGGUCGAAAAUAUCAAGUAUCAUGGUAUUUCAAAAUAUGUAUAAUCGAACUCCGCUCGGAAUCGUAAUGUAUUAGCAAUGAUUUAUGGUUGCGUACAGGUAAAAAUCAAUUAACUCUAUGCAUCCUACCAACCCAAAUUCCCAUCCAUGGGUGUCAAACGUACACUCAUCAACAGUAUUAACAUUUUUUAAGAUUGAAUCGAUGAAAGAAGCUAACCUGAAAGUUAAAAAUUAAAAAGAAAACACAUAUCAUAAAAUUCCUGUAUUUUACACACAUAAUAAUUAUUUUGAUGUUUCUCUACGGAUUGACACCAGUGGCGCGUAUUUUCUUCUUUUGUAAAUCACGCUGAAGACAGUGAGUUGAGGCGACGAUGGCUACUCUCGCUAUGCUAUAAAUAUGACAACAGACGACCGCCACUCGCGAAAAUUGUUUUUUCUACGGGUUUCCAAUCCACUGUUGGUUUCUUCCAUAACUCGGUCGUUUGGGAGGUUUGUGUUUUACCUAUAUCUUAUACGUGAUAACAAUAUAAUAUGAUUCAAAAUGCACUCUUUCAACAGUGUGAUGCAUGGAUGCUCUGCUGUGCUUGCGAUCGGUGCAAAGCUCCAACGUAAUUAUAAUAAUAUUCUUCGAACCAUUUUCGAACAACAAACUAAUACCUUCAUUAUUUUAUUAUUCGACACAAUAUGCCUAUUUAUCACUUUGUUAUUGUUAAUUAUUAUUACCCGGGAGUAGGUGGUACCUACGUGUAUACCUAUUAUAAUUUUUAAUACCUCUACAUAGUACACGUAUUUGAAAUUUCUGGUUAGUUCUGAAGUAAACAAUGCUAUUGACAUUAAUACAUUUUUUGUUUAAACACCAUUGCAAAGAAACGCUAAAAUUAUAAAAUAAUGAUGUUAAAAUUAGAAAUAUGUUCGAUUUGCGAUUUCAUAUAUAUAUAUUAUAUAAAUUAUGUAUGUAUAUAUAAUGUAUGUAAAUGAGUUAUUUAAAAAGCAACAAAUCCCUAUUGAUAAUAUUUAGUUUUAAUUUGGUAUUGGAUGCACGUGAAGUACCUAUUUAUUUAAAUAUUUGUUACGGAUAUCGAAAAAUCCACUUAUUGUUCGGGUUCGCUUUAUCAUAUAUUAUAGGAUUUUAAAACGCGUGCGGUUCUUUAUUAAUGGGCUUUUUAUAUUAUUCAAUUAUGGAGUUUGGCGCCUCUAAAAACAGAAACGUUUAAUAUUGUUGUAUGUCCGUAUAUUCACUUGUGUGCCAUAGACGACCGCAUAGUUUUAAAAAUUUCGUAUCUCACUCGUAAAUAUAAUAUACGAACUCGUCGAUGCUACUUGUUUCGAUAAGGCGUAAUAGUUUUUAAUUAUUUUGUUGGUCCAAUGACGGUCGCGAUGACUAUGAAAACACGUAUACCUAUAUCUAAUAUAAUAUCCGAGGCCUCAAAGGAGUUCGGGUCUCCCCAAAUACGAACCGUUUUAGAAUAAUAAAAUCACGGAUAACAUGUUGUAGCUUUUUGUUUUACGUAAUUACAAUAUAGUAGUAAAAUAUUUUGGUGGUGAAAAGAAAAUCAAAAUUAAAUGUGCGUGAUUAAUGUUUUGUUCUUGGUUUUAGAUUCUGAGCGUAGGCGGUGAAUUCAUUCGCAAUAUAAUGCAAAUUGAAAGGCAUGAUUUUUGUUAUUUUUUAUUUUUUUUUCAUUGUAAUGCAGUAAAAAAUAAAUCGUAGACACCUGAAAUUGUCACAGAAUAUUUAUAACAGCCUUUUCUAGAUGUCGAUUUUUCAAAUUAUUUGUAUCGUAAAUUAUGCCCCCAGGGGUGGUUCCAGACAAUUUGAUUGAGUAGGGAGCUGUAAAAUUGUAUAACAAAAAGCAUAUUUUAUAUUUUAUAGUUUAUUUAUUCUUCAUAAUACCUAUAGACAGUGGCGUAAUUGAGAAUAUUUUAUGGGUGGAGGGGAAUAUAAAAAUAAAUUUUCAUGGGAAUCUCAUGAGAGGUUAGCCCCUCCCCUUCUUACCAACAUUUAAUAACUCAUCACGGAAUUUAUAGCACUAAUAAAGUAAAUUUUUAGCAUGUACACUUAAAAAAACUAUAAUAAGCGCUAUAAGUCACACAUUUAAAAGUGUAAAAUAUGCGUAUUAAAAUUUCAUCAACAAAAAAUUUUAAUUUUAACUUUUUUUUAUAAAUUAAUUUUUAGAUUUUUUUUAAAUUACCUUUUAUUAAAAAUAUGGUUGUAGGUAUUUGAGUAAUCGGUACUUUGACCUGCUUAUUUUUAAUAUUUCUCCUCUAUAUAGACCUGCCUUUAUCACAUAUUACAUGUUAUCACUUAUAAAUUACAAUUAUAAUUCAAAUGUUUUUUGUUUGCCGUUUAGUACGUCGCGUUACCUAGAAAAAAAAAUUUUAAUUUUGGAGUAAGCUAGUAUUAAUUAAUUUAAUAUUCUAAUAAAUCUCUAGUUUAUGUACACAACAGUCAUAAUAAUACUAGUUAUAAUACUAUAAUAGAUUUUGACAUUUUGUAAUAUUUCUAAACUUUCUCUGUUUUUAUUUGUUAUUGCUGCUGUUUGUUAACAGGCUUUCCAAAGUGCGAAUGACUAACUGCAAACCGAACCUAUCCUCCUCCCCCGUGCUUGGUAUUUUACCGAUUUUCACAGUUGCAUCCUGAUCGUUUUUCUUGCUACACUUUCCGAGAUAGUGAAUGUCUUACGAUAGAUUGAUAGAUUGUUCAUCCCGUAUACGAGGUUUCUACUACAGACUUUUAAACACAUUUCUUUCCUCUUUCGACCAGUUCCUAUUUGGUUUUUAUUAGUUAGUUUUAUCUGUUGCUGUAGUAUGUUGGUGAUGAUUGAUGAUGAUGUCAUCGUUUUCCAAAUAUAAUGGACAAUAGUGCAUAAUAAUAAUAACCAUUCGGUUCCAUAGCGAGUCGUUUAUAAAAAAAAAAAAAGAAACGCGUUAAAAUGUAUAAAAAUGUAAUUUAUUCCAUUUCCGUUUACAAAAAAAAAAAAAAAAGUAAAAAAACAAACAGAUAAAUAAAAUACGCGCGUUUGUCACAUACAAACAGACACUUUAAUAAUAUACAUAUUAUAUACUCGUAGAAUACCUAAUAAAUGAUUAGCGAGUGCGUUUAAAGGUUGUGCGAUGCAGUGUGUUUUUAACGGGUGAUAACGAAUAAUUUCUGUCAGACUGCUGUACAAUGUAUUAUUAUUAUUAUAGCUGCACUGUCUUCGGUAGUUAGUAUAGUGCAGUUGUCAAAUUGAUAAAAUACGACCGACUACAAUGACGAAGGCGGUAAUAUGGACGGUGUUCAAUAUCAAAUCGUAUGCGGGAUUUACAUUAUUAUAGAAAACAGGAUUAUAAAACGAAUUUUACCCUCCGAAUUACAGUCGAUCCGCGUGACUAACGUUAUUAUAAAAGCUCUACAAUAAUAAUGUACUAAAUACAUCUCGGACUGUCGGUUUUAAAACUCAUCUGCUUAUUAUAUAUACAAAUAUUACGAUGUACAUUCGUAGACCAAAUGUGCAGCAUACGGUUCGGGAGAUGUAGACCACCGUGACAUUAAUAUCGUAUAAUAAUAUGUAUCUCGUUCUUCUUGUAACAGUGACGUAGUGAGCGUAAUAAUAUUUCAAAAUCCUAGACAAAUACAGAAAAACACAUUUUGGUGUUGACAUGAUUUUUAAUUUUCGACGGGAUAUUUGACUUUUAAGUUUUGGCAGGGGAAGAGUGCAGUGGAGCAUCAUUGGCAUUGCGGCUAAAAUGUUUUGAAAAUUUUACCAGGUUUAUAAAUGCUUAAGUGAAAUUUCGCUACGAUUAUUUUUAACUAGAUUACGAAACCGUAUUGUAAACUUUUCCGUUUUUCCCAAUUAUUAAGAAAACUGAAAAAAAAAAAAUCAAUAAAAAAUGCUAAACAAUUUUUUUGAACGGACCAAGAUUUCCGGUAGAAAGUUGUUUAAAGUCGGGGAAAAAAAAGUAAUAAAAAAUAAAGCGCAAAUUAAAAAAAAAAAAAAAAAUGUCCUUGUCGCCAACUUUACGUGUGUGUAUUUUAUAGUGAUAUAAUGUUAUUAUAUUUUUAUAACCGACUACGAUGACGACGACGUCGAGCCUCGGACGUCUCAUUCAUGUAUCGUGUAGACUAUACCAAACGUGUUAUAAUAUCGUGUUUUUUCACACGGUCUCGGUUCGUUUUUGACAGACCAUCUCGUGUCUGUCGGGGCUCGGGACAGUAUUACGUAGUUUAAGAAGAACACGUGCGACCCAUGUGCGGUGUUUACAUAGUACGCGGCACAGAAGACAACCCCGUUUGCAGCGACCGUAAACCGCGUCCGUUUGGAUUUCGUAUAAUACGUAUAUUUUACACAUCACAGAUGAGCGUCUCCGUGCGCGCAGAGGAAAUAAUGAAUGAACGCCGCGGAUUGUAAAACGCCGACGAAAUUACUCGCUCUUCUUUCUUUCUCUCUUAUUUUCUAUUAAUACGCGCCCGAGAUGAUGUUCGGAUUAUUUUUACUCGUCCGAGUGCAGUAUAAUAAUAAUAUAGUUCGGAGUUUCGCGUAACGUGCAUAUUAUUAUUAUUUACAAUACGAGUACAUCGUUAUUAACGAUUCAACACUACCGGGGCUGAUGCGUAUAUAGGCUGUAAAAAAAAAAAAAAAAACCCGUGUUUUCAUCGCGCAUGCGUCCGAAUACCUAUACAUGAUUUUUUUUAUAUACUUUACGCGUUUUACGAAGUUUACGGGUUUUUAUAAGACGCGUACGUCGUUUUUCGACGCGAUUAUAGGUGGUUAUUUAUAUGUAUAUAUAUAUAUAUAAAAAAAAAAUAAAUAAAUUCAAGCAAUUUCCACGUACAAUUUUUACGCGGAACAACGCAAAAUCAAAAUUGUGUUCGAUCUUACAAUGUUUUUUUUUUUCUACCGAAAUGUAUAUCACUGUUCGUCAGGGCAGUACGAUUUUAAAGGUAGUUUCUUGUGUCCAAAUGAACACACGGUAUAAAGUUUAUUGGCCACUAAAUGUAGUAAGCUGUCUGUCCAUUAGAAAAUAAUCGGGACUAAUAUAAUAACUUUGAGAUAUCCACGAAAUAAUCGAGUAAAACGCGAUUUGCUUACAAGACUUAACACGUUUCAAUAUGAUUAUAGAUUUUUGAUUUUUUUUUUUUUUCAACAAACAAAAAAUUAAAAUAUUUAUUUAUUGUCAUGCGUCUAUUAUUAUAUAAUGCUGAACCGCUUUGCAGACACCUGUUAUUAUUCUUGAAUGCGAAACAGUCGGCUUCGGUCUCUGCUAGCCUGAUCACGAUUCACAUGAUAUAAUUUAUUUAUUAAUUUAAAUAAAAUAUAUCGUGAUAUUGUUAUGUUAGCUGUCGCGUUUUGACUAAGUAUUUCCCGUAACAGAAAUUUCUCGUGAUGUUAAAAAAAAAACCGGACAUACUUCGCACCAUGGGUAGACCACUGUUGUGGGCCGGAAUUCGGAAGGUGUAUAUAAGAUAUAGGGUAAUUUAAAACUGUAAAGAGCGACGAUGACGAACUAUUGUAAUCGAAAACCGAUUCUGAGCAGAUCUGGUGGUUAACUGUAAUAAGGUUAGAUAUUAUGAUGUUAAAUAUUACUCAGAAUCUAAAAAAAAUUAACUGACUGUUGACAUAGCUGUAUUUUCUACUAAGACUUCGAAUACCAUCACGUCGGGUUUUUUUUAUUAAUUUAUUUCACGAAACAUAUUGACGUAUUGGUAUUUUAUAUUAAUAAAGUCGUACGGAAAAUGAUAUUAAUUAUAUAAUAUAAUUUUCGCAAAAUCGCAAUAAGAUAGUUAAUUUUUUGUUUUAAUGAGCGAGCAGCACAUCUUGCAAACCUCGUGCCGAUUAUACUGAACUCGAUAUCGCUAAAACCUUGAUUUUUUUUUUUUUAAUCAAUUACUCGGAAAAAUAAAUACCUACUACCUAGUUAACCCGAAAUUGCACACAUAGAAUAUAAUAUUGUCAGCCGAAUUAUUAUAUUUUUGAUUUUAUAUUAUUUUUUUAGCUUAAAAUCGCAGAUAACGUUUACCAAUGAAUAAUGAUAUGGUAUUUUUUAUUCUGUAUGGCAUCAUGAUUUUAGUAUGGUAGGGAAACACAUCGACAUUUUAAUAACGGUGUAGGUAUGGUAUUUUUUUAAUUUACCAAAGAGUCGGAAGCUUAUCGUAAAUUAUAUAAUUUAUUGGCGUCAUUAUCAAUAUUCAUAUUAGUAUAAUAUAUUAUGUUAUGAUGAGAAUACUGAUAAUAAUAUAAAUCAUUUAAUUCAUUGUUAUAAUAGAUAUUUAUAAUAAAUUAGUACCGUAUACACUGGGUGAUCGAAACAUUACGUGGUAGAACAUUCAUUAGGUUGGAAAGUAUUACGUUUUCUUGGAAUUCGUUCUUUUUUAGAUAAUUGAAACGAGCAAUUUUAAAAUGUAGUUAAUUGUUGUCACCCUAAUGUUUUGGUGGUAAAACCGCAAGCCAAUUUUAAUUUUCAAAUAGCAACCUAUAUUUGAAUAAUAAUGAAGUACUUUAGUUUAAAUACAUUCUAGUUUUGAGUUUUCAACUACCUAAUAAGUAUUUACCGAGAUGAUGAAUACUUUACGUUAUGUUGGUCACUCUGUGUAUAAGUAAUUACAUAAACUAAUGUGUUACAGUUUACAAUAUAUUAUAAUAAUAUAAUAUUCACGUUUAAAAACGAAUAUUGACCGUAAAAGGAUCUUGUAAAAAUCUACAAAAUGUAACAUAAUAUAAUACACAAUCAUAAGUGUAACAUUGUACAUAGACUUAAUAAAAAAAAUGUUCGAUUUUUAAAACCAUAAAUAUUGCAGUAAACACAAUAAACUAUUAUAAUACAAUAUAAUAAUAAUAAUAAAGUGCUUAUGUUUUCACGUUUUUUUUUUUGGGGGGGUUUAAAAUAUACCAAAUGUAAAAGAUCGAAAUAUGUAUUUUAGAAUUAUUAUUAUUAUUAUUCCCCCUUUCCUUUCAAUCCCAUUGUACUGGAUUAUUUCGCUAAAUAACAUUAACGUUUGUCACCAGCCAAUAAAUAUGCAUGUGAACGUUUAAAGUAUUUAUUUUUUUUUUUAUCAUUAUUAUACUAAAGUUAUGGUAAUGUAAUUUGUAUACGGUUUUGAAAAUAGUUAAAAAGAACCAUAAAAAAAAAAAAAAAAAAAAAAUAGUAAUAAUAAUAACUGUAAUACCUAAGCGCGUUUAUUGUUAUGUCUCAAAUAUAUUUUAUAAACAAAAAAUUCAAUAUUUUUAUGGAUUUAUCGUAGGAAUGCGGUGCAAUAAUAGUGAUUUUAUUUCGUCGUGUUAUCGUCGAUGUUUGUCAUCGGUUUUUGUAAUUUUCGAGAAAAAUCGUCGAGAACUAAGAGGAAUGUUUUGAAUAAAAACCGUCGUGCGGAAACUAAAUGUCUUUUUAAAACGCGAUAAAAUCGGCGAAUUUUUACUAACGGAAAAAGUGUUAAAUGUGGUAAAAAAAAAAAACUUAUCUUAGUUAAACUAUUAUAAUACGUAUAAAAUAUUACAGUGUUUUCGCUAUGCACUCGAAAUUUAAAAUCGCAUUUUAUAUUUAUUUAUUUAAAAUAUUUAUGAAAACACUUUAAAUGCCUUGAAAUAUAUUGUUAUUAUUUUAGUCAUCUUCUUCUUUCUCUAAAGGCAGGCCACGGCUUGUCAUUUUCUUUGAAGCCAAUAUAUGGAUGAUAUUUAACAGUUCCCUUUAGUGACAUGGUGCUUUGGAGGAUAUAGACGUUCUAGGUCCUCCUCUAGUUUUCUUGGCCAAAAUAUUCCCUUAUAAAAUGACAUUUAAAAGUCUUAUCUUUUAUCAGAUUUCGUAUAAUUUGGUUUUUCUAGAAUUUAUUAUUUGAGUGAUCCCCCUAUUUUCAUUUACUUCAGAAGUCUGUUAGUCCUCCCAUUAUUGUUUAUGCACACGAUAUGUAUAUAGUGGUAUUGUCAAUUUCUAUAAUAUAUUUUUCGUCUAAAAUUCGGUUUGUGGAAAAUAUUUGUCUGCUGAAAAAUAUGGGCAGUUAAAAUGUUUUCCGGUUAUAAUAUUGUCUGCUGAAAUAUUAGAAAUAAUAAAUAAAUACCAGAUUAGAAAAAAAAAAAAAAAAACCGCUUAAAUGUACGAUAACUAUUUCGAAUGUUCUAUUGCAGCUUAUACGUACGUUUAUUAUAUAAAAUAUUAUAUUCGAGUACGGUCUAAUCUAAAUAUUGUAUAAUUUCUUAAUAAAAACAAUAAUGAUAAUGAUAAAGACGUAAACAUUUUGUUUCGAGAUAAUAUUAUUAUAAUAAUAAAUAAAAUAUAGGUAACGUAACGUCCGACUAAAACCAACAAUAAUCGUAUUGCUGCGGGAGAGGGGUGCGUGAGGCAAUCUUGGCCGAUGUACACAAACCGAACCAUGUGUGUGAACGAGUUUUAAAAUCGCCGUGCGCCUCGCGUAGACAAGUCUUUCGUUACUAACUACGUGUUUUCGCGGGUAUUCAAAAUAUUAUAACAUUAUAGUAAACAUUAUUAUUGUUAUUAUUGUUAUUUUUUUUUUGAAAAAAUCAAAAAACCUAUAAGAUUAUAUUAUUAUGUAUACUUACCUGUUUAUUCGUUUUUAUUUUGUAUGUGGGCAAUUUGUUUUCUGAUUAAGUGUGUGUGUUUUUUUUUUCAUUUUGUGAAUUAUAAUUAAUAAUUAAAUAAAAAGAACCAAAUUUUUUUUUUUUUUUUAUUGAUUUACAAAAAUAACACGAUGAUCGUAAUUACGCGCGUUCGUUUUUACUCGACAAGUCGUUUGUCGUUUAUUUCGUGUAGUAGGUAACUUGACAGUUUUCCGGGCAAAAUAAUGUUCGAGAAGACCGUGGUUGAAAACUGCAUCAAUAAUAAUAAUUGGGAUUCGCAACAGUUUCAAAACAAGUAAACUAUUUUUGUAGAUUUUAAUUAUACAUAUAUAUUUAUAUUAUUUAGUUGGUUUUUUCGGUUUUUUACUAGUGCCGCACGCUGUUAAAUUUGUAUUUUAUGUCACCCAUACAUCGUAUACACCGUCUUGUUGUACCCAAAUAAUAAUAUUUCAGAUAUUUUUAUACGGCCGCGUGCGGACUUUUUUUUUUUUUAAUAAAUUGUCGGUAAACAUAAAACAACGAUUAUAGUAAUUUAAACAACGGUUUCGAUGACUAUACCUAUGACCUAUAACUGUAAAGUGCGAUAAACAAUAAUAUUUUGUACCCAGUUCAGUACGUGUUUUCUACAAAUUUCGAUUUAAAAUAUCGUCUAGUUGGCGAAACGUAAUUAGGUAUGCUAUACAGUGAAUAAACGUUCAGCAGAACUAACCACUAAUCGCGUGUUUUUAGUUAAACAUUUGAGCGAAUAGACCAAAUUAUUAUUAAACUUAAAGAGGAGAACAUAUUUUUCCUGUGUUCGUACAUUAGUUUCCCCCCUCAUUUUUAAAAUUUUAAGCGAGAUAAUAUUAUAAUUAUUUAAAAACGUCUAUGAAAAUUAAAAUAUCGGGAAGGAACCGAAAAGCUGGACUAUAAAUCGAUCGAAUUUUAACAGAUCAAAACGUAAUAGCGCAAAAUCACUUCUGUCAAACAACAAGUUUGUCGUGUUACAAUACGUUUGUAAGUUGGAAAUGACAAAUAAUAAUGUACUUAAUUUUUGUUCGGAUAAUAACGUACAGUUUAUUCUGCAGUAUACGAUUUUGUUUGUCGAUGAUAACGAAACUAAACGGCUGAUAAAAUUCGUUCGGAUCACCUAUAUACCUUUAUAAAUCUAAAAAUAAUUUUACUUGGUUCGGAAAAGCGCGCGGUAAUAACAGUAAAAAUGUUACCUAUCCCGAAGUAUUCUCUGGACCGUUUACUACACGAAACACAAAUUAUAACAAUUUUAACUCUGUUGUCGUCGCAGCAGCAGCUCUUGAACAGGUUGGUUUUUUUUUCUCUCGUUAAGGGGUCAAUUUGUUUUCCCCGUCUCGCGCGUAAUAUAUAGCAACAAAUAUACAUCGCACUCCAACGAAUAACAAUUGCAACUUUCGGUUAAGUUUAGGGUAAAGAAACCUAUACAUUGUAUAAAAAAACAGUAUUUACUAUGCCUCAGCUAAAUUAUUAUUUUUUUAAAUAUUUUUAUUUUUAUCAUGAACAAAUUUGUGCUUUAAUUUAAUUUAUCAAUGAUUUCCCUGUAAAUUACCUAUUAACAAAUGAACAUAUUGAAAAAAUCAUUCGGCCAAGGCGUAAUAAAUACUCUUAAUUAAACAAUUUAUAAUAUAUCAUUGAGUCCUAAACUCAACCGCUGAGUCGCAAUCGUCGAAAUGCAAAUUAUAUUUGUUGAUAUAUGACGCGUGGGACAGACAGAAAAAACGAAAUUUGUGCAGAAGUCCCUUAAACUCUAGCCGUAUAUAGAAAUAUUAUGUUCAUAUUAUGGAAAAAAAAAACAAAUCAAAUCGAUUAUAUUAUUAUUAAUACGAUGAACCUCAGAUAUAACCGCUGCACAUGCAGUGUGUAACGCAGCCGUUAGGCUCUGAUUAUCCUGUACCUAUUACAUUAGUGUAUAGAGGUAUCUAUCAUUUUUUAAUAUGAAAUUGUGUUAUAAUUUUUAAAGAUUUUCGAGAGCAACGUUAUAAAUCUUUUAGUCAAAGACGACCUUCAGCCGGAGAAUAUUAUACGUUUUUAAUAAUUUAAUAAUAUUAGGCAUUAUUAUUAUUAUUAAAAAAAAAAAAAAAAAAAAAAAACGUUCGCAUGAUCUUUAAUCGUGUUUUCAACACGGCGAUGGAUACCUUUUUAUUAUAUUAUUACUUGUUACAACGGUUAAAAUAUAAUUUACAAAUCAUUAUCAUCUAUCCGCUAAUCUAUCGUUAAAAAAAAAAAAAAAACGUUGAAUAUGUUAUUAAAAACGACCCUAAUGCGGAAUCGAGUUAACCCGAUGUAGAUAUUUACCUCAGAUAAAUGAUAAUAUUACUAUCGUAUUAUUAUUAUGUUAUCACGUCGCAUCGUCGUCAUUAUGAUAUUAUAAAAAAAUACAGUCAAUUUAAGUUAAGAAGUUUAUCUGAUAAUACGCGUUGUGCCUUAAACGUUUAUAUGAAAGUAUUAUAGUAGGUACCUACUUAUAAUAUCUACGUACAACUAUUAUUAUUAUUAUUAUUAUUAUAAUUACAAAAAUCGCCUACAAAUUUCAUACAGUUUUGAAAAUAAUUAUAAAAUACAAAAUAAUAAUAUAGGUACCUAUAUUAUAGUAAUAUGACUAUCACGUCCGAGAAAAUAUUUAUUAUCGUUUUAUAUUAACCGUUUUGUCGGUAAACUCGAACAUUUAAUAUCGGUUAAUUAUUAUUAAUCUGACGUUUUUAAAAUAGAACGAAAUAAUAUAGGUUUUUUCCUCGUUAAAUUAGCAUUUUUGCCGAUCCGCCGGCUGCGGUGAUAAUUAUGGAAAUCACUCUAACGUUAUUUUAACGAAGCUAUGGAUUUUCGGUAAAAAAAAAAAAAUCCGAAUUUGUAGGAAUCGAGCAACUAGAGACGAAGAGAAAAAAAAGUCUGAUACUGCUGAUAGGAUUGCCACUGUUUUAGAAAGGAAGUUGAAAGAGAGCAUGUAUAUUGUAUAUUAUAGAGUAUAAUUUAUUUGAUUUAUACCUGCACGCAACGAUAAACCCUAUUGCCAGAACUGUAGCAGCCAAAUAUUGCGAACUUUAAUUUAUAAUGAAAACUUAAAACUAAACGAUUUUUACUAUAUAAAUUAAAAUUAGUGUUAUAAUAUUAUCUUUCAUAUCUCACUAUUGGAUGGUCUGGAUUUCAAUUUUUUGUUUAUUAAUUUUUUUUUUUACGUAAUGUUUGUAGGUGUUAAGGUUUCUUGACCAGAUAAUGCGCCCGAAACGUAGGUGCCGCUCGUCCUCUUUGCUACGACUCUGUAGUCUGUAUUUUAUUGACGAAAAACGAUUCUGAGCAGAGUGUUAUUAGACGUUUUUUUCCUUUGUUGCCAAGAUAACUCAAAAAUUAAAUAAAAAUUAUACAAACAAUAAUUGUCAGUUUUUUCGUUUAUUAGGAAAAUUACGAUAAAAAUUUAAAAAAAUUAAAUAAUAAUAAUAAUAAUAUCUUUAGUGCACCUAUUAGAUCAAAAUCACUACAAGAAAGUUUUCCUAUAAAGUUUUUGAUGGGAACGAGAUUUUUGGUAGACAAAUUGUUAACAAACAUAAACGAAAAAAGCCACAUUACAGUUAAAUCAAUGUAUUUCUUGUUUCGCUCAGAAUCUGAAAAAAAGUAGGCUCUUAUAUUUAUACCAAGGUUAAUUUACUCGUAAACAAGAACGUCGACUAAAUUCCAUAGAAAGUUAUCGCGUCCUCUUAAUAAACGUCGCGCAUUCGUGGCGCCGCUGCCGUUGACAUCGUCAUACCGGUUGCAGAAUAUUAUGCGAGAACAAAAAAAUUCAACACUUAUUUUCGUCGACAUUUUUAUCAACAUUACAAUAAUACGCGAAGUUUUUGAUAAUAUUAUUAUCACAGUGGCCACCGUGCACCGAUGACUGAUGAGCACCUAUAUGUAUAAAAUAUUUCAUACUUUUAUGACGUAGAAAGUGGUCGAUGAACUCUGCAGCGGUUUGACGAUGGCGCGGGGAAAUAUUUCUUGAGAAAUCUAGUUAUUUAAAUUUUUUUUUACGAGUAAUGUUUACAACGGUUUUAGCACGCACGCUUAUAUCCCGGGCAAAAACAUAAAUUCUAAUUAAUCGGUUUUGGGUCUCUCGCGUGGAUGACACGAGAAAGACGUGCCCGCCCGUAUCGUAUUCGCGAAGUCGCCGCCAUCAGUUAUCGCAAUACGCGGCAAAAUUAUUACGUCAACAAAUAAUACACAAUAAUAAUUUUUAGAUUCUAAGCGCAGCGAGGGGUAUAUCGGUUUUACUAUGAUGCAUGUUAUCUCCUCCACCCCUGUCUGUUUUCUACCAGGAAUCUGGCUCUUGUUUUCAAAUGUAGUGUCCUACAAAAAUGUUUAAUUUGAAAAGAAAAAAAAUGCAUAGAACAGGCAAAUUUACGACAAUAACGGUUUUAAUAUUUUUGGUUUUUUUUUUUUUCGUAGAGAUCUGCCAUUUUCAACGAAUAUUUAUAUUAAUUUUUUUUCGGACCUGGUAAAAUUUUCAAAAUAUUCUGUCGAUUUUUGAGCUAUUUAUAUUUUCAAGUUUUUUUUUUUUUUUUGAUAAAUUGGUUUGGCCUAGCAAAAAUGCUUGAACAUUUUUUAUAAAGUCCAUGAGUUUUUUUUGCUAUAAAGUACAAGUUCAUGAAAAGUUGUACUUUAUAGCAAAACAAAUUUUGAACGCAAUGUAGUUUUUUUCCAUUAGCGUUUUAAGUUGAAAUUUAUUUGACAUUUUUUCUUAUAUUUAUGUGUAUCUUUUCAUCUCUCUCUUUCUCUCUCUGCCCUCUCUGUAUCCUUCUCACCAUCUCCCUAUUUCGAACCUCUUGAACCGAUCGUAUACGGGCGCCGUCUGCUGCAGUAACAAUAAUAAUAUUAUUGUAUUAUAUUAUAUACUUUUUUUUCCAUGCGUGUGUAUUUACGUUGGAAAACACGGUUGUGCCUACUCCUAUACAUUAUUUUAAUAUCGGUGUCGCCGUGAAUAAAUAUAUAUAUACAUAUGUACGUACGCAUGCUCUCGCGGGAGUGGCCGGAAGUCGUGAGGGCAGAUACGCUCGCGCACACAAACACUCUGUAUACAUCGUAAUAAUAAUAAUAUGUUUGUAUUAUAAUAAUAAUGAUGGUGUAUACUUAAAUUAUGUGCGUAUUAUAUACACCUAUCUCGCGGGAUUUAUGACCCACAAAACGUGAAACACAAAGGGGUUCCGUCGUCCAACGGAAUAUAAACACAGGCAAAUAAAAAAGAGAGAGAGUGAGAGAAAUGAAGCUAGGCGCUCCGAGGGUAAAUAUGGCUAACGCUGCUUGACACGAUGCUUAUUGUGUAAUAUUAUAACGACGACGGCGAUGCUGUGUUUGUCAGCUGGAAGCAUAUAGAUAAUAAAGAAAUGAACUGAUAGUAAAAAAACGAAAGAGAGAGAGAGAGAGAGAGGGCGAGAGAGAAGUCCGGAGCCAAAAACAUUGACACAUUGUUAGCAAAACGCUAGUGUAUACAUCGUAUAAAGGCGGUAUUCCAGCGACGACCUCGUGUGUCCUGUCGCAUGUUUUUUGUCAUAAUAUGUUAAUUGGCCGUUGUAAUCUCGGUAACCCAUGCAAGGCGUAGGACCUAUAACCGGGAAAUUUACAAAUUUUGACUAAACGCAUUAUAUUUUCUUUUCUAAGGAUUAAAACAAUUUGGUCAGUUGAUAUUUUGGUGUCAUCGGCAAAUAUAUAUUAUGUAUAUAAGUAUCUAUAAACGAAACACGACGCACGACGUCUAUAGUACAUACUCAUUAAUAUAGUAAGAGUUAGUGAGAAGGUUAGCAACAUUUAGAUAAAAAAUUAACAAUAUUGUUUAGAAAAAGAUAGGGUAUAUAAGGGUUAUAUCUACGGCCGAAUAUGAACUGUAGCGAUAAGAACCGAGAGUAAAAUUUAGUAAUGUGAUCCAGAUAUCGGGAGGUAACUACGGAAGUCCUCGGCAUCGUAUGUAUAGUGAUUUAAUAAGGGCCGUUGUUUUACUGUGUCCCACUAAAUUUGAACUAUUACUGUCUUUUAAGCUAUAGUUUACAGUUUAACGUAAGGGUGACAUUAGCUGCAAGUUUAAAAUAAAUUAUUAGUACAAUGUAUUGCCAACACUAACCACCAGUUAACUAAUAAAAAACAGUACAACUAUCAUUGGUUUAUAAUGAAAUUGGAUGAUUUAAAUUAACCGAUAACGAAAUAAAUUUACAACACUGCAGAAUUCCAUGGUUGAGGGUGGUCCAUGGUCCAGGUUCUGUAUUGCUAUCGCUACCCAUAUAAGUUAGCGUUAACAAAAAGCUACUACCGAUAGUUAGAUGAUAGAUUUACCAUAUCGGGACAUUGCAGUAGGUAACGAAAUUGUAAAAUGUUGACUCUAAAAUUUAUGAUCGUUAAACUAGUGGAGGCAUUAGCGGGACAUUGUAACAACAACCGUAAGUGUAUAUAGGAUACGGGAAAUGCAUAGACGGCGAUAAUAUUUUAUUCGAUACAAAAACACGCACGUUGUUCUACGGCCAUUAUUCUAUCGUUUUCACCCCGAAGGUGAUCGACAUUUUUCUGCGGUAGGUAGGCUAAUUACACGCCAUUGUUAUAAUACACGCACGUUGACGUCACGGAAUAGCGUAGUUGUAUCCGCGCGUCUCCGGAGGUUAUCAUCUUGGUUUUAAUUUUUUGUUUUGUUUUUGUUUUCUAGUUGUAUAUCGCGAUAACGGUAAACCGCAGAGACGAAUAACUCGCGGGUAUCCGGAAAAAAAAUACGAUAUUGUGAUUGUUUUGCGCAAAUUAUAUUAUAACCCUUUUUGCGCGACCGACUGAUUUAGCAGUACACGUUGUGACGAUUGAAAUGUGCCGAGGCCGGAUUAAUGGGCCACUGAACCCCGGGCCGAACUUUGAGAGCUUGCAGAAAACUAAUUUUUUUUUAUAUAGUAUAACCUCAACGGCAUAUAAACACGGUUUAACAUCGAUUUGUAAACGUCAUUCAUUCAAAAAGAAAAAAUCUACGCUACGCGGGGAUCUGAAACGCAAACAUUUUGGACACAGCCGGACAAACGAGCCCGCCACACACGAGUCUAUUUAUUUUCCCGAGUCCUCUCGAUUGCACGGCGGGGGGAAGGGGGGUGUGAGCAUAAACGAUUUUGAAUUGUUAAACCAGUUUACCGAGCUUCCCCCCCAGAAUCGUUUUCGGCGACGAUUUACGCGUUAUUGCUUUCCGCAGUGCUCAUAUGUAAUAAAUAUUUGUAUAAUUAUUACCCUAAUUCAUAAUAUCUUCUACUAUGUAUACUUUCCCCGCGGUGGCCUGCCUCCGCGCCUUGUUGCGAAUGUGCGCAAAGUUUACGCGUCCGGUUCUUUCGGAAAACAUUCUUUGUUUUUUUUUUUUUUUUUUUUUCCCGCGACCCCGAUACCGUCUACAAUAUACUCUUGCACGUCUCCGCGACGUCCGGCGGCGAUCCGUACUCGCCGUUUUCGCCGUUUGGUGUGUUUAUCUCCACACGAAUAUACCAGCUAACACCGCGACGGUAAUAUAUCGUGUGCGCCGAUGUACGUGUAUACAAACGCGUGCGUGUAUACUAACGAAAAUAAUACCUGCAGGUGAACACGUUUACGUUACGAGCGUGUCGAGCGGCGGCGCGAGGCGACCAGAGGAGUAACUGCGGCGGCGUAGCAGCAUUACACUAUUUUUAGUGUCCGGCCGCCGCCGUCCUAACAAGCCAAAAUAUUCGGUGCCGGCGACAUACGCGCGCGUUAUUUCUAAUUUUGUUCCAUAAUUUUUACGCGCUUCUCCCGGAAUUCCUCGGCUCCAGCGGCCGGAGUUGUAUAAGCAGUCGUGUAUUUAUUAUAUCAUCGUCGGCGUCGUCGUCGUCGUCGUCGUCGUCGUCGUCGACGUGGGCUCGACGAGACGCGAAUAUUUAUAAACCGUAUUCUUACCUAUAUAACGGACGGCGGACGGGGGCGCGCGCGCGCCGCGCUCACUCCAUAAACUCGCCGCCGCCGCCGGUUAAGUCUUUUUUUUUUUUUUUUUUUUUUAUUAACAUUCCGCGGUCCGCAGCGCCGCCACUCCUAUAUGUUGUCUUUGGUCCCGGGGAAGUCAAUUUCGUAUACGGUUUUCGACGCGAGCGGACUGUACGGUUCCGAGAGAACAAUGUUAAAUGGUAUAUAAUUGCCGGUAUAACAGACUCUAGCAGUCGCUGAAAUCGAAUUCCACCUCCCCCACAUCUAUUAUUUUGUAUUAUAGAAAUAUUCUUCGGAAAACGAAACAUAAACCGAAUACUGUAAUACUACACAAUACUAUGUGCUGCAGACUACAAUAAUUAUUAUAUUACGUUACAAAAGAAAUACGAAAUUUCAUUUCCCUGACUUCAUUUGCGGAGUCUGUAGGUAGGGGCAACGUGCAGAUUAAAUUCAUACUGAAAUUCAACCCAACUUUUUUGAUUUCAAUCCGCCUAUUCGAAACAACUUAGAGGCUUAAACAUAUAGAAGACCUAGUUUAAAAAAAAUUUAAAAAUAAAUAAAUAUUCAGUAUAGUAUAAUAAAUAUUAUGACCUCUUUCGCAUGCACGAUCGACAUCAAUUAUUAUUAUUACCUAUUCGAUAGUCAAAUCCUUCCCAUAUAUUGUGUUUUUGAGCAACAUCGUAUCAACUGCGAUCCGGUUUAUAAAACUAGUCCGAAUGCCGAGAAUCAUGGUACGUCCACUAGCGCGAUCUCAAUUUUUCCGAUAAAUAUGGUAAUUUAUAGAACUUUGAAAUCCGGGAGUAUAAUUUUUUAUUGCUCACUGCAUUGGAUACCAAACAUAGUGUGUACAUAUUUAUAAUUCACUAAAAGUCAAUUUUUAUUCCACGUACGUUGAAUACACUAAAGGGGAAAAAAAUUGUAAGAUCUGAACGAAUUGACCAUCCGGCAAUAGUGUAGUUCUACGCAAACAAAAUUCAAAAAUAUACAAACCACGAAUGAACGAGUUCAAAAUGGUUUCGUUCGUCCGUUUAAAGUUCAAAAUUUUUAAAUCAAAUACGACUUAGAGCACGCUACACAUGUGUUUGUGGUUUCCAUCUUAUAAACACGGGGGAAUACAUUUUUUUGUCAAUCCAAUGACCGCCACAAUUUAAAUUCUAAUUGAGGUAACGUAAUUGUAUUGCUAUGUUGCUCGUAAGAAAUACUGAGAUGACAAAUUAUUAGUACUGUGACAUUCUCUUGAAACUAUUUAUAUAGUACAUAAUAACAAUGUGAUUACUGUGAUAUUAUCAAAUAGAAUCAUUGAAACUAAAUAAAGUUAGUAAAAGUCAAUAAUAAAAUUAAUUUUUUAAUUAUAAUUUAACACGAAGCAAGUUUGUUAAGAAAAAAAAAAUUAGUUCGCGAACUUAUUACGUUCGAUUUUAUGUUUACGAAUGGUUCACGAACGAAUUCGUGUAUCUUAAAUAAAACAUCUAAGGUCUGAAAAUAUAUAUUAUACAGGGUGUUGAGUUAUAUAUAGAGCGCAGUUUCCGCGGACGGACACGGCUUUCGACCCGUUCAGGAAUCCGUUUCCGUUUUCGAUCGGUGUGUUUUUUUUUUUUUUUACUUUUGGUUUUACUAUUAUUAUUAUAAUUCUGGCCUCAUAUCCCGCCGUGACCCAUAUAAAAUCAUAGUGUAUUAUACACUUCGCAUUAUUGACAUUAUUGUUAUUUUACGGUUUAUUUACACUGCGCGGUGGUAUAUUUAUUGCGUAUUUUUAUUCGACAUCGUACAUUACAAUAAAUAUAUGCAGACGAAAAUUCCUCGACGACCCAAUUUUCUCAUGAGUAUGAAUAGCGGCGUAGUGUACCCUCUGCACCGCACCACGAUUACGUGGAAUGUUUUUAAAUUCGUCCCUGAGCCGCGGAUAUUAAAAAAUAAAAAUAAUAAAACUUUUAAACGAAUUUUAUAUAUAUUUUUUUUUACGCCGGAUUCCAACACUAAUGUACAUAAACAAUCGUGCACGUUUUAUAAUAAUAAUAUUACAAUUACGACCGCAAGUGCGCGGGAAAACAAAAAUUGUUUACCGGUUCCAAUAAUAUCAAAACAAUACGAUAGUAUGAUAAGUAUAUUUUUUGCAUUAUUUUUUUUUUUUUUUAAGUAAUAAAACGCCACUGUCGUUUCUUUCUUUCUUAUCAAUGAGAAUUUUACUUACUCGUGAAUUUUCUCCGCGAACAAUUCGUCCAGCAAUGUAAAUAAAUAAACAAUACGCGCUUAUAAAAAAACCGCUUUUAUACGAUUUUUUUUUUAUUUUGUAUUAUUAUUUAUAGUAUAGAAUAAUAACUUUUUUUGGAUUAAAAAAAAAAAAAGAAAUAAAAAACUAGUUAUGAUAUAAAUUUCAAUCAAAACGAGACUUCAAAAAAUAAUUAAACAUCGAUAAUACAUUCAAACAAUUUCACCCAUAUAGAAACUCGGAAUAUCAGCAAAUUCGAAGAGUGGGCUUUUCUUCCUAUACAUUACCAUAAAAUAUAUUUUGACGGAUCUAAACGAAAAAAAAAAUUAUGUAUACCACGGAACUUGAUAUGUGAUGAAUACGCGUCUUUUGGCGGGGGUCGGUUAAAAAUGCGCGUCGGUUAUUUUUUGGUGACGACACUUGUUGAUUUCACAUUCCAAACUAAACUACAACGCAUCAAUAAUACACGCUGUUUCAAUAUAUGCAACUACAACUCAUCUAUCAUAUAUUAUGAUGAUCCGUUAUUUUCCCUAGCAGGGAGAGAUCAGUCAUUACACAAUUUUCAUCAAUUCCCGUCACUAACAUCGUUCCAUCGGUAUUUCUGCCGUCGUAUACCCCACACACCGUCUCGACUAUCUUUUUAACUGUCUCGUCCGAUAAUAUUCUCCUGCACUCUGCGCGGUUCCGUUUCAUAUCUUUUAUUCAAUGCUCCCUAUACAACUUUCUCAGACCCGUUUACACAAUAUAAUAUCAUAAACGCAUGCAUUUCAGACUCGGAAACCAUCAUUUCAAGUAUAAUCUCAAGAAGACGUCACACAAUAAUUUGCUAUCUUCGUGUUUCUAACGAAAAAUAAAUUCAAACUAGGUUCCCUUAUACGUAAUCCAAUACUCAUAGAAUUUAAUUUGUGGUGGUCAGGUUGAUAAUAAAUUUCCUUAGUUAUUUGACCAAAUUAUCAAUGUUAAGUCUAUGAUCGGAAUUUUAAACGAGCGUCCCGAUUAUAGUUUUGUGUUCAUUGAAAAUACUUACUAAAUUUAUAUUAAGUUGAUACAAAUACAAAUACAAUACGAAUACUUAAUUCGUGUUUCGUUCGUUCAGUUUGAACUUAGAAAAAAUUCGUUCCAAGGUCUCAUUAGUACAUACAGGCACCUACUAUGUUUACUCUUCCGUUUCGUAAAUUAUAUGACAUAAACCACAUCGUAACUCACAUGCGCUGACCCCUUAUCGGUCUAUAGACAUCGACAUAAUAACACAAUGAAAUCAGUACAUGAUGCAGCAGCGUCAAACGGCCGUAACCCUCACACGCGAACUCGUCUUCCGCACAAGAGUAUAACAAUAAUUUAUUGUACGACAAUUGUAUUAUCGUUCACAACAUUUAUUUUUAUUUUUUCAAUUUGUUUUUGUGUCCGUCCGUUUCAAUUGGAACCGUUCGUGUCAAUAUAAUCGUUUAUAGAGACACGGGGUGCAGCAGCGAUCGGAAACGCGUCGCCGUCCGGAUAAAUUAUCGGGUCUCCGAAAUGACGACGGCGAUGGUGUUAACGAAUAUUGAAUUAAAUUGGAACACAAUUAUUAUUGUUGUCUGGACGCGGGCGAGUCUUCUAGCUUGGUGAUUAUUAUUAUUUUAUUUUUUUGGGGAGGGGUAACGAAAUAACGUUAGUUUUCGUGUGGUAAGUAAAUUCAAAAUCUACUCGCAUGUAUUAUGUAUACACUAUACUAUAUUUACAUUGCGAUGUCAAACAAUGAAUUGUAUAAUAUUAUGUAAACUUCUUAAGUCACACGAAGAAUCUCAAACGUAUAUGGCCAAGUAAGAUCGAUUAUAUUAUUAUGCGUAUGCAUUAGUCCUUCACGCCCUUCGAGCGAUGCAAUAUACCUACAUAUUAAAACAAAAAAAAAAAAAAAAUCCAUUAAAACGGGUUGUGUUGUUUGCUUAAUAUAAUUCUAGAGAUGCUCUUACCAUCUCGGAUAGUAUAACGCACUCCUAGUAGAUACACAAAAAACAAAAAAAAAAAAAAAAAUCAAAUACGUAGUCGAUUCUAUAAUAUUAUGCGAGGAAAUAGGAAGCUUUGCUGUCACGUAUACCUAAGGUAAGAUGACAAAUCAUAUUGAUUGACCGCGUGCAAUAUUUUUACAUGCCGCGAAUUACAUGGAAAAUAUUUGAAAUUAUUUCUAUUGAGUUUAUCUUGGUUUCUAAGUAUUAUACUAUCGCACAAUUUACGACAAAAACAAUUAUAGGAAAUAUAUCAUAGAUAAAUAGUUUAUAUCAAUAUAAUUUGUCUUCUAUGAUAUAUGGCUGCCAAACUUCAUGCACCUUAUGAGACUAUGCACUUAUCGUAUAUGAUAUAGUCGGGUGUUUGGUCAAUGCAUUUAUCCACCUCGGGACAUAAGGCAAAUGUAAACUCUAAAGAAUAUUUUUAAUUUAAUUUAUUAAAAAAAAAUAAAAAUAAAAACUAAAAUAUGCGCACAUAAGAUAUCGAACACAGACGAUCAUAAAUUCGUUAUUUUAUUGUGCUUUUUGGGAGAAAAUUUAAAAUCCAUUUAUAAUAUAAGUAUAUAUUCUCGUUAUGAUAUUUGUUGAUUAGUAAAAAAUGGGUUUAGUUUGAGUUUCUCAAAAGUAGUCUUCCUUUAUUCUUCUUUAUUUUUGUCAUUUAUACCUAUUAUAAUGGUAUAUUAUUAAAAAAAGUUAAGUUCAAACUUUAUGCAUUUAUGUAUUUUCAAUUGGUGAAAAAAAACAAAUUAUUGUUUUAUUCUAAUUGGGAGUUACGCUACUUCAAUACUCCGAUUUGUAUAGGUUUAUUGUUGUUCAAUGAAAACGAGAAAAUUAAAUAUCGGUGUCUUAUGCUGAAAUAAUAAUUUAGAAAAUCGAUAUUAAUGUACGAAAAAUGUGACACAAUCCGUACAAUGCAAUACCUACAUACCGGGUGAUUCUUUUAUUGUUAAACACUUAUUAUUCCGAAAAGUAUUGACUAUUUUAAAAUUUUUUUUUCUGAAAAUCUAAGAUGCAAAUAGUUCUAAAAUGUUAAAUUAUCAUUUUUUUCGUUACCCUUAUUUUUGGGGGUAAAUAACUACCUAUUUUUGAUUUUCAAAUGACAACCUAUAAUUAAAAUGCAUUAAAUAUACGGAGUAUUAGUUAAAAUAAAUUUUGGUGUUCAAGUUUUUGAUUUCCGUCAAUCUAUUGACAAGAUAUUCAACUUUUAAAUUUGGGUCAGGGAAUAGUAAUGGACCAUUUGUGUGGGAGAACGGCGCGCAGCGUUUUAAUAAUGCACCACUACCAUUACUCUUCUACGGCUUGACAGAAAUCAAACAUUUGUAUAACAAUGUGUUUUAAUUAAUACUCUAUCUAUUUUUGAGAUUUUUAAUGUAAAUUGCUAUUUGAAAAGUAUCAAAAGCAUGUAGCCGUUUCACCACCAAAAAUUAGGGUGAUAAAAAAUAAUGUAAAUGUACAAUUGUAGAGCUACUUGUUUCUUAAAUUUUCUUAAAUUGUUAUAAAACAGAUUCCGAAAAAAAUUAAUAAUUUCCGAGAUAAUAAGUGUUUAACGAUAAAAUAAUUACUUGGUAUAGUAUUUAUGUACAUAGAAAAUGUCAAAAGAAAACGUACAACACAAAAUUUAGUUAAUAAUAUGCGAUUCGAUAUAGCUAUCUUGUAUUAUUAUACAGAGGAAUACAAUAAAAAUCUGUAAAUUAAAUUCACACUUUUAAUAUUACAUAUUAUUACUAUUAUUACUAGUAUAUUUACUUGUAAUUACCUACCAGAUAAUUAUAUACCAAAGUAUUUCUCUCGUAUAUCGACACCAUCUCCAUGGUACCUCGAAGGCAUGUUACGUAAUCGAAACUCGACUGGAAUUUGUUUUUUAUUAGUAUUUAUUAAAUCCUGACGGCUCUCGGAUGAGCCGUGUAUUUAUUACCGUAGUCGUCGGCGAUUGUUCAAACGGGGACCGUUUAGGAUGUGCGAAGAGCGAAGAAAAAGAUUAGUCCUAUAUAAUUAAACCUGUAUAAUAUUGUUGUAAUCCGGGUAAGUGUUGGCUGGCUUCUCUCCGAUUUACAGAAUAAAACACGUACCCGACCGUAACAAACAUAAAAGAGAGUCAGAUAUAAUAAUGUAUAAUAUUGUAUUAUUUUAUUAUUUUUGAUUUAUAAAAUACCCAGUGUAAAAAAAAUAAACCCAUACAACUCGGGUGAGCAAGACAUGUCUGGAUAUCAAAAGGCUUUUUAAAGAAAGCCUCGGUUAGGAAAUAAAUGGAAAAGACGUCACAACGUUAAACAGGUAGAUUGAAUGAAGACUUAAUCAGGUGUGAAUGGGGAGAUAACGAUAGAAGAUAGCGUUGACAUAAACAUAUGGUGGUGUGGAUUUGAAUCGGUGAGGGUUCUAGUAAGACUGCAAAAGCUUAAAAGAAAAAGAUGUGUUUUCCCUUUGGAUAAUGCUUUUUUGAUUUGGAAAAAUUCUGCGGUUUUAUCAUGCCCAUGAUUUGAUUUUUCGGAUUUUUCAAAUUACGGUAUUUUGCUUGAACAUUUUUUAAAAUUCUCAUUAGUAUUUCCAAAAAGUAAAAAUUGACGUUAAAACUACGAUUUAUCGGUUUUAAUUUUGUUGAUUUCUGAAUUUUACCUUAUAACUACGAUAGAGAAAAUAGAAGGGUUUUAUAAUACGUAUACGCUACCGGUUUAUCGAGCUUCAUUCAGAAUCUUUUUAUGAUUGUAAUAAUUUAUAUAGUUGCUUUUGGUGUAUAUAAUAAAAAACUAAAUUUUACCUUAUACCUUCUUGGUUUUUUAUUCACCUAUAAAUACCACGCAAUCGUAUGGCCUACCCACAGUGAGAAAUAUUAUUAUUAUUUAUCAUCAGGGUAUUUUCUAAAAUUCAGCGAUGUUCAAAACCCAAACGUUUAUUUACUAAAAUCAACAUACAUUUUUAUUUUUUCUAAUUUGCCGUGAUUUAAUUUUAUGCCAUCGAUAAGGUUAGGUUAGGUUAAAAAAAUUAUAUUACAAUCAUUAUCCAACGCAAUCAAAAUAUUUUGGUAUCUAAUAACCUUUCAACAGAUUCAUUGUUUAUAACUGAAUUUUGGAAGGCAAGGUUAGUUUCCGUAUAAAAUGUUAUUAUUGUGUGAUUUCACUUUAGUGAAUCCAUCACUUAUCGUCGUGAGACAGACGUGGUAUUUUUCAUUUUCUCGUCGACACGUGCGUUUCAACGCCACCAUAACCGACCGUUCGUGUAUUAUAUCCGGUGGGUGAUGUGCUCGCGAUGAUGACGACGAUGCUCUCCUACACCCUGGUCCGAGUUUAAAUUUAGCAACCCUAUUCGAGAUCGGACGAAAAUUAAGCGUUUUUACCGCAUGUUUUGUAUAUUAUAAUAUUAUAACGACGGCGACGACGACGGGCCUAAUUUUAAACUACGUAAUCGCACGACUAGAUCGCCCCGACUACCUCGAGAUCCAAAACACCCGGCGUUGUCGUCGGAAAUAGGUACGCAUAUUGUCCACAGUCCAACCACAACAAACAACAACGGGGAUGACGAAACUAUAAAUAUCGUCAAGUAUACGUAUGUAUAGUAAACAUUGUAUGUAACAUAUGUAUAGAGUUUAACUGCAGAUAAUGCGUCCUAAAUACUGAGUUGAAAAUGUCGAUUCAUUCGUUGCACAUUAGUUGUGAAAUAUCGGUACAAAUCCGGAGUCGAUCAGAAAAAGCGGAGGGGGGCUGACUCCGUGCAUUAAAACAUUAAUUGCGCCCAAAAUAAUGAGUUUACAUUCUGAUUACUUAAUUACGAAUUGUUGUAAAAAGUUGCAAAAUAUUGAAAUAGGUCCAGAGUUCACCAGACCAAGUGGCGGGGGAGGGGGCAACUUCACUUUUGUAGGAGAAUAUUUUCGUGGUCAGUAUACGUGGCAUUGCCGCGCUUUUACUUUUUUUUAUUUUAAUACUUAGCUUUCACUUUUUCAUUGGACAAUAGUUUAGAAAAAUCGCAACGUAGUUACUACGAAAAUAUUCUCCUCUUUAAAUUUUCCCAUUUGUGUUUACACUUGUGUUUUCUACCUAAACGCCACGAUUUAUAAAUGUUGUUCCAAGUGACGUAAUUUUAUAUCAGUAAAUCGUCGGCCUCCUUUUAAUAUUACUAUUUAGACUCAGAUUAAUAAUUUGCUUUAUGCGUGCGAACUAUUGAAAAAUGUACAAAAAAAAAAAAUGGCCUUUAAAUGCCUUUUAGCGAAAUAAUAAUACCCUUAAAAAAUGACAACUGAAAAUAAUAAAGAACAUCUAUAUAUCUACAAGCGCGAUCGAAAAACCGAUAAAACGCGUGCGUUCGGGGUGUUUUUUUCGUUUCGAGAUCCUCCCGGAGCCGGUGACUAUUGGCGCCAGAAACGAUUGCCCGCCGUCGUCGCGGCACCGCGCCGUCGGACCGGUUAGGUUAGCCCGAACGUUUACCGUCAGUUACGGCUGCCGUUACGAAAACGAACUUUUAAGUGUGCCGAAUUGACGAACGUGAGGGGGAUUAAUAACGAUAUAAUCGACCGCGGUGCGUACGUCGCCAUAAAAAAAAAAAAAAAAAAAAAAAAAAAAAAACAUAUCGUAGAAUAAUACGAUAUUUUCUGUAAUAAUUAUAAUUGCAUUUUUAGUUACCAUCAACCAUGAGAACAUUAUUAUCAUUUGACGAUCGUACUCGCCAGCACCCGCAACGAUAAUAACAUUAUCAUUAUUUAUAAUUACCAUCGGCCGCGCGCGUUAUUCCGUUUCGGAGGAAAAAAACAAACCAUUUGCCAGUUAUGAUAUAGUGACUCCGCGCGAACAUUUGCAUCGCGAUAUCUGAAAUCAAAAUUAACAAUAUUUCAGAUUUUCGGGUUUACCGCACCGCGUAUCUCAUGAGGUGGAUACACUAAAAAACGCGGAUUUUUCGAUUGCGGUUGUAAUUUAUUCACAUAAUUUGUGUAGAAUAUUUAGUUUGCUGGCUGCUGUUUUUCUAAAAAAAAACUGACGAUUUGGAUUUUAAAUUUGGAAGGUGGGCCACGGACAAUAUCUUGAGCAAAAUAUCAAAGGAUGAUUUUCAAAAUUCGAUUUAUAUAUUUUGGGGUUCACAUUUAAAUUGAAAUACCAUUUUAUAAAAUAUUAAUAGGAAAACAUGAAGCUGAACGAUACUCACUCAGAAUAGGAUUUUUUUUUUUUACUAUCUGAGUAAACUUGUCUCGUUCGGUUUUUCAUUAUCCCUUGUACAUAUUUUCAUAACAUUUGUGGUUUUUGUCGAUGUCAUACUAUGUCCGGUCCCAGAAAAUACAGCAGAGAUAAAAAAACAAUAACAAUAAAAUUAUAAUAAUAUUGGUUAUGGGCCCGUGGAGUACUCGAUGAACGCUUUUGCAUUGUACUCAAAAAAUGUAUAGCGAUAUGUUCAAUAUUUUUAUACGAUUGUUUUUCGACAAUAUUUAUUUUCAUAUAUGGGGGAUGUAUAUUAUUGAUCUGAGAUUAUAAUAUAAUGUCAUUGUUAUUGUACUGACAAUCUGGACAACAAAAAAAAAAAAAAUAGUAUUAUAUAAAAGAAAAAAACGCACGGUUCGAUCAAAAAUUGAAAAUUCCGCAGUCUAUGCAAUAUUUUCAAUAUUUUGUAAACGCUCUAACGUACCAGAACGACUCGUAAAAAGAAAAAAAAAAAAUAUGAAAAAUAAAUCGUUGGGCAACUGUUAAUUACCCGCGACACAGUAAAUAAUAACGAGUGAACGUCCGAUCCGGUAGAUUUUGUGUGGCUGUGCAGAUGUUAAGAUGUUAAUCUAGACGGCAUUCCCGUGCUCUAUCGGACACUAUUACGACGAUAACGGUUGCGACGGACGCGCAAGGUCGCCGUGUGCGACGCAGACACAAAGUACACUCGAGUAAUAUCGUCGAAUUCCUUCUUGUAAUUUGUAUGUAUUAUCAUUCGGUCAACAUGCGUACCUAUCACUGCCGCGGUUGCGACACGCCGACUAAACGCAAUAUGAUAUGAUAAUUCGAUUACUGUACCGCCUCGCAACGUACCAUUUAUCAUAAUAAUAAUAAUUUAUACGAUUCGAGGUAUUAUACCUACACCGGGGAUUGAACCCCGACACACCGGUACGUCUUGCUUACUUUUAUACGCGUGUUGGAUAACUGCGUUUUCUUCGUGUCCACUCGUUGCAUAAUCGCGUCCGCGCGUGUGUUUACGGAUACCAGUAAUACCUAAUAAAUAAAUAAACGGUAUUACGUUUUCGAAAUGUGGUUUCUCAUCUGUAUUGUACUACAGGUCGACACUAGGUACAGAAUAGACGUAAUAAAUAUUUUCUAUGAACGUCAUUUAGCAGAUGCGGUACUUAGGUAGCAUAUAAUUAGAGCAGUAAUGGAAGAGUAAGAAUAAGAAAGACGUAGUCGAACGCAUUUCCCAAGCUAGAAUAGCUUUUAAUGAUAAUAAAAAAACGGGGGCUAUUUACAUCUAAGAAAAUAUUAGCAUACGAGAGAAUUUAUUGAAAACGUAUGUUUGGAACAAACUGCUGUAUGGAAAUGAAAUGAUAGCAGUAAAAGAGUAAACGAGGUUAGACGUGUUCGAAACGUGUUGUUACAGGAGGAUGUUAAAAAUAAUCAGAACCGAGAGAAUAACAAAUGAAGAAGCACUAAAUAAAAUAUCGGAGAGCAGAACUGUAUGGAGAAGUUUGUAAGAAGAAGAAAUUAAUGAUGACUUUAUAAUCAGGCGUGUAAGCUUUGGUGAAAUUAAUAGACAAUUGAAGUGAAAAAAUCGCAUAGGAAAACUUAGGAUGGGAUUUAAAAAGGAAAUAAUAAGAGAUUAAAAGUUGAAGUUUAUAUUCACAAUUAAAGAGAAAAGUGGACGGUAAAAACUAAUAGCUGCAAACAUAUCUGAGGUAUAAACGAAAAAGAAGACAGAUGCGCUGGUCAUAGAUAACACACAUACCAUGGGAAGAAAAAGAUAUUAUUAUGGUUUUUGGUUUUCGUUUUUUAAGAAGCCGAACAUUGGCAUUUUUGCCACUAUAAUCACGUAAAUAAACUGAAAUGUUCUUAAAAUUGAUUUUAAAGAUAUAGCACCCGUUAUAAUAUUAGUAGACGACAAAAUUUUGAAGAAUACAUCGUUCUCGGGUUUGAACAUAUUAAUUAUUUAAAAAAUUACAAUUCUUAUGGAAAAACAAUUUAAAAUACAAUUUUCUAACGAAAUCUAGAGAAAUUGUUGAAAAAUAAACUACCGGUCGGAAAUUCUAUCUUUCAAGAAAUUUUGCGAAAAAAUUGUAACAGUUCGCUAAAAACAUGAUUUUCGAAAAAAAUAUUACAUUUAUUUUUUUUAAAAAAUGUAUUCGUGUAAUGUAACUGAUUUUAAUCGUAGCCAACCGCGUUAAAUCAAUGAUGAUAGAAUAUAAUGUUAUUAUUUGAAUAAAUUAUUGUUUAUAUUAACCGAUCAAUAUUUUAUUUUUAUUUUACAGGGAAUGGAUUGUCGAGUUUUUGGAGAGAGACGGGUUGGGCACUCUGAUGAGCAGCUUACGUACGAUAAGCGGAAAAUCGUUGACGGACGCCAUGGCCCAGCUGCAGUGCGUCGAGUGUUUGCGGGCCGUAGUCAGGUCCAGGACUGGAUUACAUUACAUAUCCACCCAUCUGGAGUAUUCGGCAUACUUGGCUUCGGGUACGUGUUUUUUUUUUAAUCAAAAAUAAAUAUAUACAAAAUUGUUUUAGAGGUUAAUACGUAUAAGAAAAAAAACUCUGCCCGGAGUAUUAGCCUACUUUUUCGUCUUUGUUGUUACACUGAUUAUCUGCAGACGAUGAUUUUUUAAAUCGAAACCGGUCGUAUAAAUACAAACAAACUAUUAUAAUACUCCGGGCUAAGGUUUUCAUCGUAAAUAUAUAUGUAUUAUAUAUACAUUAGAAUUUGAGUUAAGUAAGGAAUGUAUUGGUUUUACCAUUGUGUUUUUUUUGUGUUUUUGUAAAAUUUUGCUCCAAUAAAAAACUAAUAGGAAUUUACAUUUAUUGUAACGUUUUGGUCUAGUUGGUGUAUUAAAGAAGUCGUGUACCGUUCCCUCUUAGAUAUUUGAACAUUAAUAAUAUGAGCCCGUAAUCAUCCUUAGACUUAGGGGGCCGUAACAAUUUUACAUUAAAUUCAGGGGGUCAUUUAAUAAAUAAGUUAGAAAAACCCUAAGAUACUGAAAAAUUGAAUUAAAUAAGUAUCUAUCAGGUACUUAUACAUAACAAAAAUACACAAAUACAAAAUAAACAAAUAAAUCCCUGCCCGCUCCUCUAGUAUCGAUUCUGGCUCCCUCUCCAUUGUGUUUUCUUCGACAAUCAUUUUUGACAUUUUUUAUCAUAUAAACAUCUAGGGCUACACAUUUUUAACCAUAUUUUGUUCUCGAACUAUAAGUCUUCAGUUUUAUUUCUGUCUGAUGGCGAUUUAUUGUUCACUGGGUUAGUCUUGCGCGAUCGCCACAUAAAGUGUUAAAUUUAUAUUGUUUUAUAGUCUAGACAUUUUUCUCCAAAAGUGAAUAUUACGCGUCUUUUUGGCUAUAUUUUGGAGGAAUAAAAAAAAUAAUCGAGAUUUUAACAGUUUUGGCAGGGGCACGCGUGUGCCAAUCGUAUAUUGCGCGUAUAUACUAUAUUAUGUAUAUGAUAGUUUAAACACUCGCUACAUUUUAACGCGUUCGUUUACGACUCAUACGUUGACACAAGACCCAUAAUUAUAUUGUACACGCCAUUCAAAAUAAAUAAUUUAUGUUUUUUAUUUUUAAAUACACCUGUUGGAGUAAUUACUCCUGGAAUUUUGAAAUAGGCUAAGUAAGCCGUGUAAGUGCGUAUAUACAUAUGUUUACAAGAUAUACAGAUUAGUAUAACUAUCUCAUAUUAUAUAUAUAUAUGAACGUUUAGCAAAUUAUGUAUUAUAUUAUUUUAGCAUUUAACAACGGAACAACGGUGUUUUUCACAUAAAAUACAUAAAGUGUAGCGUACCUACUUAUAUAAGAAAUAAAUGAAAAAACACGUCUCUAAACACCGACCGUUUCGUUUAAAACAAUAUUAAUAAAAAAUAACAAAUUUAUUCUUUAAAUAGCUUUAUUUCUCCAUCGAAAUUCUAAUGUAAGUAUUCAUAAUUAUCAUAUUCGCUGGUGGUCGCAGCCACCAGCUAAUAUAUGAGUAAACUCCUCGGAGUUUCGCGCGUUGUAAUAAACGAAGACCGAGGUCAUUAAUAAUAAUUAACGAUAUUAAUGAAAACCAAAUGUUAGUGUCUGUAAAAAAAAAAAAAAAAAAAAAAACAAAAACAAAAACAAAACGGUAUGAUAUAUUCUGUCGUCUGUUUUGUAUUUGUGCAUCAUAUUAGUAUAUACUCUUCGAAUGCUUGAAAUUUAUAGCUUUUUAAAUUAGCUUUUUUUACUAAUGGUCAUGUAUAUAUAUUUAAAAAUAUCUAGAUAAAGACGAAUAAUCAUUAACUUUUCAUACGUCUAGAUAAACCAAAAAACAAAGAUGUUAUUUUUCAUUAUCUAUCAUAAAAUUAUAAGUGCUAAAAGUGUGUGUAUCAAAAUGGUUGUAGUUCGUUUGAAUAUUAUUCAUAAAUAUAUUAUAUAUUUGGCCUAUUGUGCUUACAUAAUGUACCGAUUACCUAAUACGGUUUAAUUAUUUAUUUGAGAUAUAACUAUCAUGUCUCAAUUAUUUGGAUACGAUCAAUAUACACAUACGUAGGUAUCUAGAUACAAUUUUUUAUAGACAUAAUACAAUACGGUUUAUAAUGUCAGUGACGUGUCCGGGAAUUUUUAUUAAGAGAUGAUGUGUAGCAAAUUGUAAUCACGAAUAAAUCAAUCGUCUUCUCUAUCCGAUUUUCCUGGGAAAUUAAAAAGUCGGAUCAUAAACAGUAAACUUUUGAUUAAUGAAUCAAUGUUUCCCUUAUAAUUUGGCUGAAACUCUAACAAUAUAUCAUGAUUAAAUUACUAAAUAAUAUUAUUCAAAUUGUUUGUUAUAUUUUUAAACUAGUAGAAGGGAUAAGGUAAAUUAAAGUGAUAUAACCCCUAACCUACCUCCUCCCCUCUCUAGUUUGCGGCGGGUCACCAUAUAAUGUGAACAUUUAACAAAUUGUAUGUGAUACAUUCGUUCUACAAUAAUAUAGCUUAUAAAAAGACACUCACGCAGAGUAUAGUGUACAAAUACAAUUUCACGGGAUUCCGGAUCGUUUUACGCUCUUUCGACUUCGGACACGGUUAAAUAAUAAUACAAUUUUUAUUUCCAUACAUUAUUAUAAGUACGUACAACUGCUGGCGGACCAGUCGGUCCUGGGUCGAGGAUAUGAGGUCCGGAAAAUUGGCACGCCCAUCGCAUCACGACAUACAGAUAUAAUAACGCUGUUUUUAUUAUUUCGUUUGGAAAAUAUUAAUAGGUAUUAUUUUAUCCUUCUGCAGCUUCUAUACAGUUCUGCCGAUAUUACAAGACGUGACGCGUGAAUUCGUUUUCCGGAUAUUCGGUUAUAAAAAAAAAAAAAAAAAUUGUAAAAUGACUACCGAUUACUAUAUAGUCGUGUUAUUUGUUGAAUGCGUGCCAGUGCGACCGUAUAGUUUUAACAGCCCGUGAAAACAUUAAAAAAUAUGAAAAAGCAACAAAUCGAUUUUAAAAUGAUGCUACAUAGAAGUUUGAAAACGUUUGAUAUUAUAAUUUAUAAUAUAAUAUUGUUUCUAGAAAUCUAUACAAAACAUACUGAUUUUAAAGCCGGGAAAAAUUAUCAAAGGUGAUGUCGCAUAACUCGAAAUUCUCGACGAUUCGAAUACUCACGAAUGACUCUAUGCGAUACAAUCCGAUAUGCUGCAUGAACUGACAUUUCACGAGUAUUUACUAUUUACUAGAAUUUUAUCAAUCGACGAUUUGCAUACAACCUAACCCGGAAUACGAGAUGACUAUGGAACAUAGUUAUUAACAAGCGAUUUAAAUUAAACAAAUUAAACGAAAAGUUAUAGCAAAUCGGUUUUAGAGAUAAAACACCAACUAUAUACAAUUUAUAAAUACUACGUUAUAAUGACAAUCCCAUCGUCGUUUUUUUUUAAAAUAUUUAAAAAGUUAUGAUUCUUUAACACACACGUACAUGAUUUUUCGUAACUUCGAUACAAUUAUAUGAAUAUUUAGAGUAUAUUGUAAAAUGCCAACGGGGUUAUAUUCAAAAUGUAGUAUAUUAAAAAUGUAUAACUAUAGUGUUUUAUAUCUAAAACUAAUUUUAAAUGCCUAUUCGUUCGUUUUAUAUGAACACACAUUUUCGCUAUAUUGUUACUGUGACGGCUUAUGGAAGAACCUUAUACCCGAGUAGUGUGGAAGGAGAAUGGAAGUGAGACAUUUAAAAUUCGAUCUUUGGACUUACGGACGUUGUUGUUACUAUAUGGUUUUAUUAUCAAUUGAAUCAAUUUAUCAUAAAAUUAUAUUAAAAUCCAUAUAAAAGUAUAUAAACGCUAUUAAAACAAUAAUAAAUUAGGUAAUAAUAUAUUAUAUUUUAUUAUCAAAUAAUACGGUUGUAUGUCACAUUCGGCCCACUAAUCGAAUGCAUUGUCAAUGACGUGGCGAAAAUGUAAUCAGUAGGUAAUGGUUUAUUUUUAUUUUUUUAUUCGGUAUAUUUUUAUUAUUUUUAUUACUGCGAGUUCAAGUAUAAAAAAAAACUAAUCAACUAUAUUACCGAAAAUAUAUAAUAAAAUAAUUUCAAAUGUUACUAACGAAACGAUAACAGUUAUAAGUAAAUAUCGUAUUGUCGUUAAAAGUGUUCGAAAUAUAAUUUUAUGUAUCACUUUUACAUAUACUGAAUUUUUGUACUAGUUUUUGUGUUUUUGUAAAAGUUAUACUUUUCUUCUCUAUUUUUUUAUUUAUUUAAAUAUUAUUAUUGUUAUACACGUAUAAUAACCAACACGUACUGCAAGGAGUACAUCGUAAGUACCUAUUGAACAUUAUGUAAUAAAAAUACAAAACUGAUUAAAAAACACAAAUGUAAUGAUUUAUCUAUAUUAUUAUAUAAUAAACGCACUUGCUAGUCGCAGCUUUCGAAUAAACGAAUUAUUUUUACAUUUUCUCUUAGAUCACCAUACAAUAAUAUUAUUGUUUAGAUUAUUAUUUUUGCGUUAAAUAAAAUACAAUAGUAUUUUAUAAUAUAUUGGGGGGUUUUUUUUUCCAUCAGCCCGAAUCUGAUUGUAUUUUCAAAUUCUGUAUUACAUUGUUCGGAAGGUGUUUUCUUGCGUAUUACGAUAAAUACUCCGUACCUACCAAUUUCAUAUUAAUAUAGCUAAUAUAUUUUCUUUUGAACAGUCACUGGGAGUCUGAGGGUAUUGAGGAGGAUAUACCCUCCACAUGAGAUUUUCCCUCUAAAAUAUUCAAUAGAUAUAAUUGAUUACGCGAAUUCCGAAAAAUAAAUCAGAUAGCGGUGUACGUGCUGCGAACACCUGCAAUAUACCCAAAUGAUGUAUUUCAUAUUUUGUAUAUAAUUUAUAUAUUGUACUAUUGUAGGAUAAAAUAUUUUAUUUAUUAGGUGUGUCAGAGAGAGGUCAUUUUAGCUGAUUUAUAUUAUUACCUACUUUUUCUGUUGUAUAAAAGUAAAUAUUAUUGAAAUCGAACGAAAAAACAAAAAAUAGAUGAGAAAGUUUAUCAAAGAUCCAGAGUGUGUUUAAAAGCUGCAUCUUAUGAUAAUCGUCUUCGUAGACCCGCGUAAAAAAUCGAGGCGUUAGUAAAAAGAGAGAAAAGUUUAAAAACAAAGAUAACAACAUUGUCAGAAAAAUAUAACCGAAGUUAAAGUUUUAUUAGUAGUGCACCCAAGAUUUUUACGCUACGAAAGAAAUCAAAAUGUUUGAUCCUCUCUAUUUACACUAGUACACCUAUACUUCAGCAUUUUCUUUAAAUUAACCUUACUUACUUUUUUCUCUAAAAAUUGCCACCUAAAAAUCAUUUCAAUUAUACCGCCUUUUAAAAUUAAACGGCUACUUUCGCCUCUCUCUCCCCCUAAACGCGCUAUUGAGUCUCAUAUUAUGUGUUCAGGCAUUUGAUGGUAUUACGUCUAUGGAGCUAUUUUUCGAUAAUUUACUACCUAUAUUAUUAUUGUCGCUAUAUACGUAUAAUAUAAUAUAAUUAUCACUAUUACUUAUUAGUUAAAUAGCAAUAUUACCUUAUACGUUCGAAUACAAUUUUGUUUUUUUUUUUUUUAUAUGAACAAUAUACCUAAUUUAGAUACAUUUGAUUUUAGCAGUACUGAUUUGUAAUAACACAACUGUAAAGUUGCAAGUUUACGAACUGUUGUGCGCCCUGUGCGUAUUCUCCACAGACGGAAUGAUUUUUGGAAAAGCUGUUUUGUCCCAUAUAAAGGUAAAAAUAUUAUUAUUAUUAAUUAUACGGAAUAUCGGUAGAGCAAUUAAAUCUUACUCUCGUGAAUAAUGUUACCAGAGGGUCGUAAGAUUUGCCUAAGCUUAUUAUGCCGAGAGAGGAUACGAAUUUCUUAGUCAUAUUUUACCCCUGUAAAAUAUUUUUAGGACUCUAUUAAGCUUAAAGACACGGCAUAAGGUUAGGAUUUUUUUUUUAACCGAUUAGGUUUUUAGCGUUAAAGAAAGUAGUGUAGAAAUUUACUAUUGUAGUCUUAUAAGUCACUACUUUUAGUGUUGCGUAGUAGUUGCAGUACGUAAAAACUCACAAAACUGUAACAAAGCUCUUUAUUUCGUCAUAUUAUGUUAAUUAGAUUUGUAAAUUUAUCAAUUUUAAAUUUGGUUAAUUCUAUCGGGGUGUGAGAUGUAUUCUACUAUUAUCUUACCCCCCAGACAAUCUAACAAGGAGUAAGAUUGUUCUGGAAAAUUUUCCUGGGAAUGCAUUCAAAAUUUGAUAUUUCACCUACGGUAUAAUAUUUUUGGGAAAUUCUUACCGAGGGUAAAUAUGAUUAGGAAAAUCGUAUCCUCUCUCGGUAUAAUAAGCGAGAAUAGUCUUACCGGGUGGUAAGAUUUGCCUGUUACACCAAGCGAAAAAUGACCAACUGAUAAAUACGGCUUUUUAUUUUUAUUUACUUGAUUUUUUAUUCAAUGCUCUAACACAAAAUAUAUUCCAUGACGAAAUCGAGCAGGCGUUUGGAAAACGCAUUGCAUAUAAACGUGGUAACCCAUUGAAACCGUAAAUUCGAAUUGGUAUAUCAAAUCCUUAAUAUUCUCCUUGAUCUGAAACGCGGUUCGAUUAAACUACACCUUUGCUCAGUAUACUUAAAUAUUUUGUUAUUAUCGCGUUUGUCACGUGUUCAUGAACCGGUUGCGGUUGUGUUCAUCGCAAUUGAAGAUCUAGAAAAAAAAAAAAAAAAUGCGAAAAUAUUAUGAUUAUCGUUUAUCACCUUUGUAUUUUAUUUUGUUGCACGUGAAAUAAUUCUGUAUUGUACAAUAUGUUAUACAUGUAUAGAUGAAGCAAAUGUUACGACACGAUUUUGAAAUCGUGGUGAUGGAAUUGCAGCAGGCGGACACGUUUGCUUAUCAGACAACGCUGAUGGCGCUUGUCAACUGUCUAAUACUCGUCGAACAGAAUCUGAGGAAAAGGAUUCGCAUCAGAAAUGAACUGUUGGGUACGUUUAUUUUGUAUAACAUACAGAAUAUAAUAUAAUUUACACAAUACAAUACAAUUUAAUUCCUUGUUAGUUAUUAUAAAAUUAGAUCACGAGUUUAUAUAAUAUAAUGUUGUAUAUAAUUAAUUUCCUAUUCAUAUUUUUAGGUUUUCGUUAAUAAUUUCAAUCAAUAACAAAGUUGUAUUUUGCACAUUUUUGUUUAAUUAAAGUGUAAUUGCAUUUGUUUGCAUAUAUAUUGCAUAUUUUUAAUGAAAAUAAAAUUGUACACCGCUACAGAAAACUAUGCCGAUCGUCGCCGAUUUCCCAAGAACUAAAAUAAAAUAUCGUUUAAUAAUUAUUAAGAGUACCGUGCUACCACCCAUAUUUAAGGGGUCGCGAAUAGGCAUUUUUUUUUAAAUUUUGAAAAAAAUAAAUUUUAUCAACUCCCAAAUUUUCAAAUUCACUUUCAAAUACAUUUACUAGCAGUGUUGAUUUCUAAUAGUAAUAAUAAUAUAUGUCAUGGCGUAUUGUUAUUACCAUCAUCAUUUGUUUGUUUUUCGUGUCGAAUGAUACGGUUUUUGUUUUUACCUAUAUAAUAUGUUUUCCCGGCGGCCUUUUUUUCAGCCAUUGGACUGCGGGCAGCUAUCGAAAACAUGGCUGGUUAUGAAGACGAAGCGCUACAAAUUCAAAUAACCGUGUUCGAAGAACAUCAGCUGGCCGACGAAAACCAAGUACGGCCGAAAACCCACCAGGAACUUCUUGAAAAACUCCGGUCAAAAGUAAGCGGGUCUCUAUCCUUACCCCCUGUCCCUACCGGAUAGUCAAAUCGUACUCAAGCCAAAAAUAGAUUCGAAAACACUAAUUUCACUUUCCACUUACAAGCAUAGGACUGACAAUAUUUUUAACCGUUAUAGUGGUUAAAUAUUUAAUAUCAAUUAAUUAACUAUUUGUUUAUUAAUUUAUAUACAUAUAUUAGCUAUCUCACAUUGUUUUUUCCAUGACUAGAAAAUAAAAAAUGUAAACAUAUAAAAACUUGUCAUCCCGUGUUUUACCGUUUCACCCCGUACCGUUAACUAUAAUUGUUCGGUAAUAUUUAAUUUUUUAAAGCUCACCAUAAUAAAAUUAACUAAUAAUAUCUGUUUAUUUUUCAUUCGUGUCCGUAAGUUAACCCAUAUACCAACAGAAAUAAUUCGAUUUUCGUUCCGAAAAUAGCAAAAAUCCGGUUUCAGCUAUACUUUCGGUGCUAAAUUUUGAGAUGGGAUCGAUAAUCCAACAAAUAUUAUUAUAUCUUUUUACCAAAUUUAAUUCAAAUUCGAUCAGCCGUUUUGGUAUGAAUAAUUCACAAAAUUUUGCAUUUAUAGUAUGUAAUUACUAUCUACUAUUAAUGUUUAAAAUCAUUUGUUUGUAGUAAUUUAUUAUAAGAAACUGAAUUUAAAAACUUCAUUUUGUUAAUUGAAUUGUGAUUAUAUAAGAUAAUAUAUUUUAAAUUUCAUUUUUUUUUUCUGGUGUCGUGUAGUUGAAGAUCUUGUGUUUGUAUUUGACAAUAAAAUAAAGAAUCUAUUUGUAAUCAAUCGUGUUAAAACAUCAAGGAAAGCGUGUUUUAAAAAUUUUAAAAUUAAUUAUAUUAUUUCGAACAUUUUAUAACCCAACUGUACAGUUCGACUAAAAUAAGUACGAUUCGACCUUUCCCUUCCGUUUACUCUCCUAAUAUACUCUAAAUAUUAUUAUAAAACACAAUUUACUUAUAGUUAAUCGUGAGUUAUUUUUGUUUUGCUAUUCGUUUCGACAUUUAGAUAUCAAAUACAUUGUACGACUCAUACUUACAGAGUAUCCUGUUACAAAUGUCUGAAAUGGAUUACGAUGAUUCGAAUAUGUAAGUAAUUAUUAUUUUGCUUACUUAAAUUUUAAUUAUUGUUAUGCUUUGUUUUUUUUUGUGUGCGUUUACGUGAUUAUAAUAAAAUAUAAUUUUAGGAUAUAACUGUUCAGUUAGCGAUAAUAUACCAGUUUUGAGGGGGUUGGAUGAAUUUUAAAUUAACGAUGGGUUUAAAUGAUCUCUUAGGCCUGUUUUCACCGACGUAAAUGUUGAUUUUUAAACGGAGUUUAUGAGAUUAUCGACCAAUCGUGGUCGGCCGUCAGCCAUAAAUUCAGUUUAAGAAUCAGAAAAACGCCUUUUUAUACGUUGGUGAGAAUGGCCCUUAUAAUCCUUGUUGGAAAUAUAUUACAUUAAUCAGUUUGGAACAUAUGCAAAGUUUGAUGGUUUUAACAAUUAAACACAUUUUCCUUAAUCUCUCACGUUGAAAAUGUUUCAGCAUGCUCCAGUUCAAAUCAUCCGCUCUUAUUUCAACAGACCCUAUUUGGUCAAUAGGGUACUAAUAUAAUCUAAUGAAAUCCCUAAGUUGGCGAUUCACAAAUCGCUCUAGAUACAUUAUUGGGGGGCUAGAUUCUAAAAUAAAUUUAAAUAUUUAGUAUUGCUUAUCCUAAUAAAUAUACAUUUUCGAGGGUCUUGGAUGAUCUUGGUGAACUAAGCCCCCUUAGUCCCUAAUUCUCGCCUAUACCCAGAAAUUUACCGCUGAAACUAAUACCACAUUAGUUUUUUAAUUUUAUAGUUAGUGAAAAUGCUCUGGUUUUUUUUUUUUUACUAAAUUUACUCAAUAUUUUUUCUAAAAUAUACUUAGAUUUUUUGUGAAGAUGCGUGAAAAGGUGUACAUUUUACAAAUUUAAAAAUGUGAAAUUUCUGACCAGCUGUAGUUAAUCUGAACAAAUUUAUAGACAUUUUUAACAGUAUAACCCCCAAUUCGGUUCAUUUAGGUAUUUUUUUUUAUUUUUGUUAAUUUUUUCAAAGUUAUAUAUUCGUGACAAAAACAAAUACUACCUCUUCAGAAUCGUUUCUCGAUUGCAAUGAUGUAUCGUUUAAUUUACAGUAAAGUAUAAAUUAAAUUAUCCUUUAUAAAAUAUUAUCCAAUCUUUCAAACAACCUACCUACAACAGUGUCCUACUCUUGGUGCAGAGUAUACACUCCGCACCACCAUAUAUGUCUAGCUGUUUGAUAAUAAUUAUUAAUUAUUAUUAAAUAAACGUAUAAUACCUAAAAAUAAACAAAAUAAACAAUAAAAUAUAUAUAUAGACAAAAUAAAUAAUAACGAACUAGGUGUACACAAAUGCGCCGAACAUUGCGUAUUUAUUAUUUAUUUAUUCUACAGUAAUGACAUUUGGAAUUUGAUCUACGACGUGGUAUGUAACGAACCACAAACGGUGUUGGAUACAUACAGGAAAACAUCUAGAACACAUUCUACGGAGUCACAGACUGACGAAAAACGGCUCAAUAAACAUUUCCAACCGUCGCACAACCGGCGCCACAGCUUACAACUGGACGCCCAGAAAGACACCAAGCGGACCGCUGUUGUGAAAACCAAAAGGCCGUCAUUGCCCACUGUAGUCAGGGUGGUCAACGGAUCUACGGACAUCCAGAAAACAAAUUCCAACAGGCCGCCGACCAAGAACGUCAUAAAGCCAAUUCAAUGUUCGAUAUUCACGCAAACAGAUGGCACGUGUUAUUGUGGUGCCGCUGGUUCUGACCGCAAUAAUCCUGAGCUGAACAAUAACGACCUGAACUCGUCCGAUGAGAACAUUGUGCAUAAUUCGUGUAAAACUACCGAAUUCGUACUCGAAAGUUCGGUCGCGAUACCACCGCCACCGCCGCCGCCGCCCUUGCCAUUCCUUUCACCACCACUUCAGUCACUUUCGGAAAUCCCACCACCCCCACCAUUUCCAACACUUUUGGGAAUUUCACAUCCUACUGCGGCGCCUUUCCUAUCGUCGAAAAUUCCACCACCUCCGCCGUUUCCCCUUCAAAAGGAAAUUCCACCUCCACCCCCGCUUCCGUCUUCAUAUAAUUUUACUUCAACAGGAAUACCACCACCGCCACCACCACCUCCAUUAUCAGGUAUGGUGCCACCGCCGCCACCUCCAUUACCGGGUAUGGCACCACCACCGCCACCUCCAUUACCGGGUAUGAUGCCACCACCGCCACCUCCAUUACCGGGAAUGGCACCACCACCGCCACCUCCAUUACCGGGUAUGAUGCCACCACCGCCACCUCCAUUACCGGUUAUGGCACCACCACCGCCACCUCCAUUUCCGGGUAUGACGCCACCACCGCCACCUCCAUUUUCGGGUAUGACGCCACCACCGCCACCGGGAGUGAUUCCAUCAUUCCCUCCAAUAUCGUCCUCAACGUGUUUUACGGAACUCGGUCAAACGAAUUUCGCGAUACCGAACAUUUCUGAUGGUCAUCGGACGGUGCCCACGAGAAGAACAAACAACAAUAUUAAAUACUACUCGUUGUCGCCGAACACGAUCAAAAUGAAGACUUUAAAUUGGACCAAAGUCAAUAACAAAUAUUUAGGUAUAGAAUCGUAGAUUGAAAAAUUAUUCUUUUUGUUUUAAACGCAUCCUCUACAAAAAAAUCAUUUCGUUUUUAUUUGUUCAGACAAGUCGAUUUGGUCUUCAGCGGAUCCUCCUGACUUACCGAUCAACUUUCGAAAAAUCGACGAGCUCUUCUGCCAGAAAUCCCGGACGAAAUCUUCACCGGCGGUAUUAUCUCCGGUAAGUGCGUCUAAAGUCAACAUCGUAAACAUACUAGACAGCAAACGGAGUUUGGCCAUCAACAUUAUGCUGAAACAGUUUAAAUCCGGUUCGGACGAAAUUCUAGAGGCUCUCCAAAACGGGUCAUCGAUUCCGCUGGAUAAAUUAAAAGGCAUCCAGCGGGUUUUGCCCACGGACGACGAGGUGAAUAAAAAACACGGCCGAUUUAUAAAAAAAUAAUUAUAAUGUUAUAAUAUUUUUGUUAUUUCGUAUGUAUAGAUAAAAAUCAUUAAAAAACAAACGUGUGAUCCGGCAACCGUCGUUGGCAAGGCCGAACAAUUUUGUUUGAAUCUCAAUGACAUACCCAACUAUCAAUUGAAAAUAAAACUCAUGAUAGAAGUAAAUAUUUACUAUAGUGUACUAUAACUAAAACUCCUAUCAUCAAUAUUAUUAUUAAACGUAUACAUUUCUAUUUUUUUUUGAUUCCCCCAGAAAGAAGAAUUACCGACAACGGUGAGUGAUAUACUCGGUCAGCUUGAUGGCAUAAGGGAAAUGUGUCAUAAUCUGAUAAAAGAUGAGCCGUUCAAACAAUUCUUAUCGCUCGUACUGUUUAUUGGCAACUAUUUAAACGCUGUAAGCAUAUUAUUAUUAUUUAUAUAUCAUUUAGCCAAUACGACCUUUUUUUCCGACAUCCGGAACCCCGGUGUAAUCCGAGAAUCUGUGGUUUUAAACGCACUACUGGUUAUUUACUCCACGUUUUUAGAUUCGAUUAAGAGUAUCCUGUUAUUAUUGGCAUUUACUUUUAUUAAAAUAAGAGUUUAAACCGGUGCAUACGAAUUGUCUCCUAAAAUGUACGAAGUUUUCCUCCUAUCCUUAUCGUAAAUAAAACAGUUAACAUACAUUAGUUGUCUCCGACGAUUAGGUAGUUCAAAAUUAUAUACGAAUCCGCCUCCGAAAAAAGUUUCGUACUAGUUGCUUCCCACAUUGAAUAAAACAGUGGUUCAUAAACUAAACUGAAUUUAAUGUAAUAAUUAUAAUUUUCUUAAAAAUAAUUAGUAAUUAGUCAGUAAAAAAACAUGUAUUGAACAUGUACUUGUUCAGGCAAUGUCUAUUAUGGUUCAACUUAUUUUCGUUCAAUAUUACCUAAUCACUUUCGUCUACUUUUAAAACAGCUUUGCAUAUUUUUGUCGUACAAUUCCUCCGUUUUUUGAUGCAGGCUAACUUUUUGAAAACUAAAUUUAAAACUAUUAAUUAUUUUAUCACGUUCGCUCUUUUCACUGAUUAUUUCCCGCAUUUAAAUUUCAUCCGUUUUAAAAACUUAUUAGAAAAUUUAAACUCACGCAAUAACUUUUGGUAAAAAUAAAAUCGUAUAACGAGUGUUGAAGCUCAGCUAACGACAAUAAUUAUUACACAAAAGACAUAAUGUUUAAUAUUAUUCGUAAAGUCUUAUCAAUGUACAAAAUCCACAGAUUAUGACUUUGAAUGUAUAAAUCCAAAAUCGAAUGAUAGGUUAUUAAUAAGUAAUAACCAACAUAAUAUUACUUCAUAAUAAAAGAUUUAAACAUAGCUAUAUAUUUAUGCAUACUGUUUGAAAAUUGUUGAAUCGUUUGUGAACCACUUAUACAUUCAUUACCUGUCUAUUGGGAGACGACUUGAAGUAGACCCUUUUCGUUUACGAUAAAGUUUAGGGUACGCCGGGAGGCAACUCGUAUAUAUCCGGGAGAGAAUUCGUAUAAAAAUUAUCGACCUUUUUGAUUUCGGGAGUAUAGCAACAUAUCUUACUAUCAAAUAUAUUCUCAUAUUCAAAUUUAGUUAGUUGUGUUAAAACACAUUAAUAUUUCAACUUCAAUGCGACAAUUUAUGUUUUAAGUAACGCAAUUUUGUUACAUUUGCCUGUUAUUAUACCAACACAGUAAAUGCGGGUCUAUAAAGCCUUAUCUUAACAUUAUUAUUUAUUUUGCUGUAUCGUUCGGAAAAAGUGCUUGGCGUUUAAGUACAUUCAGUAGCGUAGCUAUUGGGGGAAGGGAACGGUCCGCGUCCUUCCCCAUUGGCUGUAUUGCUUUUACCAUGUAGCCAGUACAAUUAGACCAGAACAAAUUAUAUAUGUGGUGAACAAGAUAUUUUCCGUGCCUUGCUUUCUUUUAGAAUCGAAUGUGAUGAUUCAGAUUUUUUAUCACAUUUUGAAACUUAAAUAAAAAAUUGUACAAGGGUUAGUUAUACGACGAAAUGAAAUUAUUAAAGAAAUAGAACAUGUAUUUAUGUCAAUAAUUAUUUUUUUAUUCAGAUUGAUGUUUUAUUCGCUUUGCCCCUUACUCCAUUCCAAAUUCUUGGUUAUGACACCGAGUACAUUUAUACUGAAAUUUUUUCCGCAGGGAAGUUAUGCCGGCAACGCGAGUGGAUUUACGCUCGACACGUUACCCAAAUUGCUGGACACCCGAGCCAAUAAGCCGAGAGUGACAUUUCUGCAUUUCGUUGUUGAAGUGGCCCAGUCCAACGCAAACAAAAUUUUAAGUUUUACUAAGUACACUUCGGCUCUGAGGAAUUUAUCUAGGUAUAUUAUAAAAAUAUCAAAUUAAUUUCCUCGAAUUCGCUAUGGUUAUAAAAUAAUAUGCGGCUAACCAUCUAUUCGUUUUUUGUUUGUUUUAUCAUUUCCGUUCGACAGAAUAAAUUUUUCGUCAUUGGAAGAAGAAAUUAAAAUCAUUACGAAACAGACUAGAAAUUUAUAUUCCGAAUUAUCGAAACAGUCGAAAAAACAAUUAAUAUACACACAAUUUUGGGGUAAGUAUAUUUUUUAUUAUCAAUCGUUUUUUAUCCGUAUAAUAUUGAAAGAUUUUAAGUGAAUGUGUUUUUUUUUUUAUAAUUGUGGAAUCGUUUAAAAUUUAUUUUAAACCCAUUUGUAAUUUUUAACCCAUACUCAAUGUACCUUAAAUAAAUAUAUACUUUUAAUUUUCAAAUUGGAACCCUCUUUUUUAAGUAUAGAUUUGAAUAGAGAAUAUUUUUGUUGACGUUUUGAUAUGCAUAACAUUAAUAUCAGGUUUAUCGUUUAUGAAUUAUAACAGUUUGAAGUUUAGAUCGGAUGAGUAGGGAAGGAUAAUAAAUUUCACGUCUAUUUUUAAAUGAUAAAUUGGUCUCUCUAUUUUUAUAUUUUGAAUAGGGGGGUUGCUAUUGAAAAUUCUAAGUGGAUAUAAGUUGAAAAUAAUGUUAAUAAAAGUUUAAAUGAUUUUAUGAUUAAAAAAAACGAAAUUAAAUUAACUUAAAAUUCUCUGAGAAAAUUGCUGGUUCAUGAUAAAAUUAUGUAUUAGAUUAUGAGCGAAACGAGGAAUAUAUGGGGUUUUUUCGUGUGUCUAAACUACUUUUCUAAUAUUGCUCCAAUAGCAGCUUUUUUUAAAUCAUUUUUGAUCCGUUUGGUGCAUUAAGGUCAGUUUUUGAUCUUGCAGUUUUCUUAAAAAAUGGGAAAAUUAAUAUUUUUAGGGAAAAAAUACGAAUAUUUAUACUCAAAAUCGUUUUUCAUUGCGUACUUAUAACAAUUAAAUUACUCUAUAAUAUGCAACCUUAUAACUUGCUUCUGAAAAUAGUGGCACAUCCAUCAGCAGUAUCAGCUUUUUUUAAUUUUUCGAUUUGCACCGGUAGUUAUGUACAAAUACACUGACAAGCGAACCUAUAUUUUUAUAAUUGUAUAUUGUUGUACAUGUUUAGACUUUAUAAAAAAAGGCGUAGAAGAUGUGGAAAAGCUCAAUGAAGAGUACCAAAGAACUAUGGAAACAAUUACCAAAGUAGCCGUUUAUUUUGGUGAGGAUACGAGCAAGUUUAAAAUUGAACACUCGUUUGCUCUGUUGGGAAAUUUUUUCGAAAGAAUCGACGUGGUCGCUAAGGUAAAGCAAUUAUUAUGAUAAUAAUCAUCCCGUGAUUGGCGAUCUUUUCAUCGUUUUUCGAAUAUUAUUCGGUCGGGUAAUUAACAAUCAGACGGUUUUCAUGAAAACUGUCGUAUUGGCAAUUGGUAAAAUCGACUUGUGAGUUAAGCGCUUCUUAAAAAUGACCUUCCUGCGUGAAAUUAUUACAAACCGUGUUAAAUGGUACCACUGCAAUUUAAAUGCACAUUUAAAUUAUUUUUAAACCAUUGGCUUUAUGAAACCAGUGGAUUUUAAACGCAUUAAGUCCCGAGCCCUGUUUAUGAGAUUCCUGAGUCGCUUGUUAGUUUCUCGGUACCCUAAAUAAUAAAAAAUAUGUAAUUUUAUUCUAAAAUAUGAUGAUUUUAUGUUUUUUAAAACUGAAGUUGUAAUGUUGAAAAUUUGGUCUCUUAAUAAAGUCUAUAAACCGAAUAACUUUUCCUAACGCUAACGAUAUCUCAGUAAACGUCUUUGUUAAUUACGCUACUGCACAAUAAAACCUUGGGAUUUUUUGAAAAGUUUCAAGAGAUUGCCUAUACGCAGCACCUUAAAUACGGGUGAUAGCACGUUAAGAAGUCCUUUUUAUUAAAAAAAAAAAAAAAAUUAUAAUAAUAACAAAACGGCCGGUUUUUCAUAAUGAAUAACGAUUAUCGCGCGCGAACUGUUGCGGACUUGAUAAUAUUAUUGUUAUAAUUUGCAGGAGAACGUCAACCGCCGUAUACAGGAGGAGAAGAACAAAAUACUCGCGGCUAAAAUCGAAAAUGAAAAAGACGGCGCACAAAACACGCUUAAGAAGCGCAACGUCCCGCGGAGGCUCAAGACUGAUCCCAAAGACGAAGAUGUGUGCAUCGUGGACUUGGUUUUACGGGACAUAAGGAGAGGGUCGUUUCAUCUGAGGCGCGUAAAAUGUCAAGACGAGAAUCGUGUUUGA